UUUGCAGUUUCCCUAAGUAGACAACAGGACCUGUAAACUUCUGCCUCCAGCCUCCGCUUUAAAAACACCGCAGCCCACUCUUCAGCUUGCGGUUCUCCUUGGCCGCGGACCGACGUUCUUCCCGCCCCACCGGCUACGAUCCACGAUCCGCACUCAGACAACUCCCCCAAAGUGCGUGAGGAGGGGACCCCUUCGCGGGGAUCUCGCGUCACCCACACCCUCCCGGGCCCUGCAGGACCCUCCCCCCCGGAGGCCGGGCUUCGCCGACCCCUCCCCGCGCGGCGGCCGGAGGCGGGGAUGCUGUGUGGCAGCGGCCGGCCUGGGCUGCGAGGUUCGGCCGCCUCCUCCCGCUGCGCCCGCCCCUCGGCCUCCGCCCCGGCGCCGCCGACCCUCGUCUGCUCCCGCCCUCGCCCCUGCGGGUCCGCGGGGGCCAGACCGAGGCUGCAGCGAGGAGGCGGCACGGAGAGCGCGGCUGAGGAAGGCUGCACGCGCCGGACCCAGAGCGGGGCGUUAGGAGCCGGCUGCCCCGGCCAGACUUGACAGGAUCCGUUGCUUUGAACUGGAGUACAUGGGACACACAGAAUGGUUUCGAGCAUGUUUGAGAGAGGAUGUAUAACUAACGAAAUGGAUUCUGAACCUGCACACGUGUGUUGGGGUAGAUGUUUGCGUUUCCCUGUACUCAGAUGCUGAAGCCAGACCUUGAAGAAUGUUUCACUGAGGUACUGAGUGGGGAUCCCCAUUCUGAGGUUAGUAAACCUUAGGAGAGCUUUUCUUCUUUUAUUCUGAGGACACAAUGAGGAAAUAGUAUGUAUUUCUUUAGAGCACCUAGUCUAUAGUAUUUGUUAAUGGCAGGCUAAACAGUCUUUUACACACACACACACACACACACACACACACACACACACACACUGACCUUCACUAGCUAGAAGUGUGAGUGAUUUUUGUGCAUGUCUCUACUACCCUGAACAUAAUUUAAAAGGUAUGUUGUCUGCAUGUUUUCUUAGUUUAACCUUAAACCACAAGGUCAAGAGAAAUACCCAGGUUCUACUUUGAGGUUUGGCUGGCCAGAAAGGUGACCCUUGGUGGAGUUUUACUAUUCUCUGUGUAGGUUUGGUCUGAUUUUGAUUUAAUACCACAUCUUAUUGAUUAGCUUGUUUUUAAUGACACUGAUAAAAUAUUUCUGGGUAACUUAAAGAGGAUAUCAGAGCUGUUUACUUAGGGGUGAACUUGUUAGGUUUAACAAGACUUUAAAAAGCUUCAUGUGGUUUAUAAGGUAGCAGGCUGAACCUUGUACUGGGUUAAGGUUAAAACACUUAAAUGAAGAACACAGGGUAUUUUGUAUCACCCUUCCUUCCUGAGGAAGAAUAUUCAGCAUCACUGAGGUAAUAGUAGCAGCAUAAACAGCUCUUAUACUUUCUCCAUAAGGAGAAUGUCAGCCAGGCCUUACUAGGCUGCAGCUUUGUGGCUUGGCUAAUACUCGGAAGUCGUGUGUCACAAUGCUCUCUUAGUGGCUGUCCAUUGCCGCAGGCACCUGUUGCAGAUGUGCUUGUCCCUGCCUCAGACCCACCUGCUCUGCACACUUGUUCUCCUCAGCGUUUUCUGCUUUCCUUACAGGCAGUGCCAGGGUUCUUGACAUCUCCAGUUGUGGAGGGGAACAUACUUAUCAGUGACCCCCCCCAUCCUCCACACCCCACCCCUGUGUGGGGUGGGAUGGCUUUCUGGCCUGGGGAGGUUUAUUGCUGUUAAUUUAAAUCUCAUUCAUUUGUGGAGCCGCUGAAAGUGUGCCAAGUUGACCCCGUGACUGCUUGCUGGAUGGCAGACGUGCCGUGUGACUGGCGGACAACUGUGGCUCCUCUCAGUGGAGUUAAGCUGAGUUCAGCGGGCCUGAUGAAUCAUCUCUGUCUGUGUAACCAGUUUGCCACCUCGCCUCCCUCGCUCCACUGGGUUUUAACCGGUUAUCUUGGUAUUUCUGUCUAAUUGAUAAAAAGCCCUGCCGUAAGUACUUUGGGGGCAAGUUAGGGAUUUGGGGGUGGGGAGGAGUUGGCAUUGCAGCUUUCUUUCGGCAGAGCCUGAAGCAGCAGAGGGUUCUGAAGUCGCUUUCACAACCAGCUUCCCACAGGCCCGGAACGUUUAGAGGGGUUCCUUUUCCUCUGCUGAUUGUGUUGUCCAGUGUUUUCUUUCUUUCCUGCGGAGCUGGCCUGUCAGGGGCACCUGGAGUUCAGGCUUCCUUUCUUUGGGGCAGGCCUGCUGGUGGGGUAUGCAGUUGUUGACCAGCACUGCAGUGGCAGCCGUGAGCCAGGCGGGUGAGGAAGGCCCUGACUGCCUUGACAGUAGCCUCCGUUAUCUGCAGUAAGUGGCACCCGGUACACACUUAGUUAGGCCAAAACUUCUUAAAAAAGAGUUGGAUCCCCUCACCCUUCUGGCCCAUAGAUCAAGAUGUAGGAACUGAAUAACGAUCCACUGGAUAGAUGAGCAGUGUUUUAUACUCAUAAAGGCCUGUCGUCUGUAUACUAAGCACACCACACACCCUGGAGAAACAUGGCUCCCGACUUUGAAAAUCAUUUCAAACCGCGUCCUUUUCAUUGAACCGGCCAUCAGUGCAUCCUCGAAGAUGAUUCCACCCAGUGGUGAGGCCCAUCGGUAAAUACUGGUGACUUCCUCCUUCCUUACAAUCAUCCUCGCAGGCUUCUCCUGAAGUGGAACUCCUCAAUGACUGGCUGUGUGGAUCCACACUGGUGGAGGAGUGCAACGGACAUACCUACUAGGGCUCUGUAAGUCACUUUUCAUCCGAACCUUAUUGGUUAAGUGGGUAUGUCUAGGGUGGCUGGUCUGUUCAUGUGGUUUUCCCCAGUUUACCCAGAGGUCCAUCCCUCUUCCCUCAAUUGGUCGUGGAAGGGCACGGUCAGGAGAAACAAUAUGGGUGUGUGGAAUACUUAAUCUGUGAUACAUUGCUGAGGAGAACUAUGGGUGCGGACAAUAUGGGCAAAGAGGCCAUGGUUAUUAAGUAGUAAUACAAGCGCUGGCGAUGGUGGGAAGCAGUGACGGGUUCUGUGUACACCUUGUAUGCCUGGCUGGCCAGGGCUGGUUAGGACGGCUGAUUGUCUGAGCCACACUAUGAGCGGACGGUGGCACGGCAGCUUUGGCCAGGAGACUCACAGGCUCUAAGAAAAUGCUGGCCUCGCAGCAGCGGGCACCAUUAUCAACGAAGUUUCUGUGAAUGAAAAGUUAAGUAACACAUUUUUGAAUCGUCCCCAAGUUAGCUCCCUUUCAGUUUAGAUACAUAUAUUUCAUAAUGCCGGUGGAUUAUGAUGACUUAAAUGCACUGUAUUUGUGGUAUGAAAUUAACCAAAAAAAUAAAGUGAAGUUUUAAAGAUCUUGGCCACAGACUUCCCAUCUCGUCGCACAGGUCUUCCGUUCUCCAGGCUCUGGCUUGCCCAGACUGUGCUGAUAAUUGGUCUGACCUGGUCAUCUUUCAAGUCUUUCUUCCCUCAGGCCUGCGUGUGUUUCCUCGGUGAGUUUUGCUCAUUGGUCACCGAGGCCUUCUGGGGCCUUCAUUGGUGCUGCCUAGCUGUCCUUGUCUUUCCACUGAAGUGCUCUUAGUGACCCAGGGGACAUCAGCCUUCCCUCACAAGCAGCCUGAGGGCAGAGGGCUGAAGUCUUUGCCAAGACACAGAGGAAGCUAAUCAUACCCGUGACCUCAACCUCAUUAACAUUGUGCUGGAAUCGAGACGGCAUUCCAUGGCAUUGUUUGACUUCGGAUUGUCUCUGCUGAUUUAUGGACAUGGGCCUGUAUUCUUGCCUCCUCAGGGAGUGUGACUGACAGGCUGCACUUCCUGAGCCCUUUUAACUCCCUAACAGCCUCUGAAGUGCCAUGUCUUCCUUGGGCCCCACUGAUGGUGAUCUGGCCCCAGAUAAAGCUGGACUGACAAGCCUUAGAGAAGAUGGAGAAGAAUAGUAGAGUCCUGGAAGAGCUGGGAGAGCGUCCUGGGCUGAGGUUCCACGGGUGAGGGUGGCUGAACUGGGGUGGUGGAGACCUCACCGUGAUGCUGUCCUCCCUUCAAGCAGUGCUUCUUGGGGUCACUUUGAGUCCUGUUGAAAUAUACCGUGGCCCAGCAGGCACAGUGAGGCCUGAGAUUCUCUGCAUUUCUAGCAAGCUUUCUUGGUGUUGCUGCCGUUGCAUACCUGGUGGGGCUAAGCUGAAGCCCUUGAAGGCUGAACCUUGCCUGCCAGGAACCUGUAGAGCCUGGCUGGAAACUGCCUGCUCUUAAAGCUGGCUUUUACAGGCAUGGGAUUGAGGGCCUGGAAGCUUUCUUUGGGGCCCUGGGGGCUGCCAGGAGCAGCUGUGUGGGAAUUGUCCUUAAGUUAGGGCAGGGAGUUAAUGGGGUCUUUGUGGUAUAAUAUGGCUGAGGGGGGUGGGGGGCGGCUUGGUUCUGGCUAAAUCCAUUGCAUUGCAUUGCAUUGCAUGCUGUUUGUGCCGUAACUUCAGAUAAAGAAGACUCUUAACUUCCUUCAAUUACUCCUGCGUUUCCCCGCCCCACCCUGUAACUUUGAGGUUAUGUGCUUACAAAGCAUUUAAAAAGUUGCCAAUUGUUUCUCUGAAGCUUUCUUCUGAACCUUGCUGAGUUCUCUGCUGGGUGCUGGCUAGGUAUUUGCAUUCCCAGGCCAUCCCCCUGGGGUUCUGACCUAUAGUUUUGGAUUUGUUCCUGAGAAUCCACAGCUUGUAAACAAAGCUUCUAAAUGGCUUUUAGAAUCCCGAGGAGCCUGUGCUGUUGGCCGGCACUGAUUGGGCCAGCCUCACCUGCUUCCCCUCUAGGUUGUGAAGAGCUGUCCUGUCCCAGGGGAUCUGCUUUUUGUUUCUCUUGUCCUGGAAGAGGCUGAUAACUUUAAUGGCACCAAAUGAGAGAGCUCUUUGUCCGCAGUGUUAGAAGUCACUUCUCCAAAGCCUUUAGGAACGUUCAGGAAUAGACUCUGAUUACAAAGCGUUCCCAGGGCUGGGGGGUAGGAGCCAUUCUGGAGAUAACGGCUUGUGAGCUUUGGGCUUCUGCAGGCUUUGAAGGCUGUCUGGAUGCUGGGUUUCUCCACCCACUCCUCUGCUUUGGCCCAGACCCUCAAGAUAAUGAGCAAGUCCAUCUGAAGUAAUAUGUGGACAGAAAUGGACAUCAAAGGACCCCCCAUCCUCCAUGGACCAGCUGGGGUCUGAUUUAAGGGAGCUGGAUGAUGACGGCGGCAGCUCUGCCUAUCAUUAGACCAGCGCCAGCCUCCACAUCUACAGAUGCAAGAUGAAGAUACAUCUUAACUGCACCCUAAGGGCCAUGUCACCAUGGGAAACGUCAAGUGGGAGUUAGUUGGUGUGGGAUGGGGUGGUUGUAGCCAGAAGAGUGGGCAGUACAGGGCUGGAACCAGAACCACAGACCUCUGAGCUGCACUCACUAUCCCAUGGACAGGGGAUCUGGGUUUUAGCAGCACUCCUUUAGUGCCCUAGGUAUCCCCACUAUUCCUACAGUACCGCUGGAUCUGUGGUACACAGUGAGGUCCUUUAGGCCAGUCACUGAAGUGGCCCUGAUGAGUGGACCAUUCCCUAGAAACUGAGUGUCAGAAUCAGUAUUGAGGCUUUGGAUACCAUUUGCACUGGAUUAUGGGAAUGGUUGAGGUUUUGUUCCCUUCAUUCUGUCUUCUCAUCGUGCUCCUGCAGGAGCUCAGCUCACUGUCCAGCUUUUCCUGUUGCUGUGCUUGGUGUGGGGUGCAUGGACUCAAAGAGAAAGGAGUGGCCUGCUUAAUUCUGUGGGUGUUCUUCCCAGCCUGCUGAGUGUCCCCAAAGAGAUGUUAGUGAAAGACAUGGCAGUAAUACAAUUGGACUCCCAGCUCCCCACUUCAUGGUUUUAACAUUUUCUAGGGUCCGAAGAGAAUGAAGAUUUAUUUCACCAUUGCCUAGAAAUUUCCAGUCUCCGUACAGUAUUUAUCUAAUACAUUUGAAAAUAUACCCAGAAAAUAAAUUGAAAUGAGAAGGUCCAGAUGUUAUUUGAGUGGGUUUUGGGCAUCUUUGGAAUUUGAGAUAUUAUUAAAUAUCUGUGUUGUAAUGUCCCCAAAGUAGCCAUGUGCGGGGCCUUUGUGGUGCCCGGUCUCUACCCUUUGUGGCACACGAGGAGUGCCACAGUGAGCAGAAAGCAUCUAUGAGGGCCCAUGGGUUUUGUUCAUUAAGAGUCUUAGCAAGCCAGGGAAACAAAAAACAAAAAACAAAUCAAGGCUUGGGCCUGCAGUGUUACUAACAUAUGAGCUCUGGUUGACAAUUUCAUUUAAUCCUGAAAUGAUGCCCGGGAGGGGACACACACACACACACACACACACACACACACACCCCUAAACUAUAUCCCUUCCCACAAUUGGGCUUCACAGUUGUUUUUAUUGUUUUUUUACAUUCUGGGGGGCUGGGGAGCAGCAUGGACCUUUAGAAGUCUACUCUCUUUGUACCAUCCGGGGCUUGGAAAUCGCGCUCCAGUGGUCAGGUAUGGAAUCGAGUGCCUUAACUUGCUGAGUUAUCUUGCUGACCCCUCUUUAACUGUCUGUGUGUGUGUGUGUGUGUGUGUGUGUGUGUGUGUGUGUGUGUGACAUAGGUCCUUACAGAGGAAGCUCCCAAAUAGCCUUUCUAGCAGCAUGGCAGAGCUACCUCACUGAUUGAUAUCUCUGGAAGCCUCUAUUUGCCUCCAUUUCCAGAUAACAAUCAAUGCAUCAUUUAGGUGCACUUUAUGUUGGGUCGAGUAGCUCCUUGGCUGUAACCUUUGGCUGGCCGUCUUACCCACUGUUGGGUUUUGUUGUGGGUUUGAAAGAUUUGCAGAUACUUUGUUUCCAGGAAAAGUCGGUUUCCGGUGGACCGUGUUAAGCAUUUUGCUUUAGAGAAGACUUGGCUGCCCUCUUUAUCUUGAUGGCCUCUUUCAGUCAGGAAAUGGUUCUUCCCUUUCUUUAGGGUCCUUUAAGAUUGUGGAUCUGAGUUGGAAAGAGGCCCCUUUGGAUAAUUUUUAUCAGGAAAAGUUUAAGGCAGACUGGAUUACAGGACCCCCACUCCCACCCCAACACACACACAGCCCUUCCUGAAGUAAUAGCUCCCCGUCUUCUUCAAUGAUGAGUAAAUUCCCUUGCAUUUUGUAGACUUCUUUUUCCCUGUAGAGUAGGUAAUUUUUCUACUAUGGUGUGGUUCUGUGUAGCUCCGGAAUGGUCUUGGAUGGUUCUUCAAAGUAGAGAAGCCUUGGGUAGUCCCAGGAGCUUUCCUGAUACUUGUGGUUCCUUCCCUUGGUUUCCCUGUGGGCGGCUCUGGUGUCCACACCCACCAACACGGUCCCUUCCCCUUGUGGCUGCAAUCUGAGGAAGAGAAAGAACAGAGCUGAAACUCCCACCUCAGCCCAGCAGGCUGGGGAAAAUGUUUCUCUUUCCCCUGGUUCCUGGGUUCAAAGUACGCUUGCAGUUCAUGGGGGGGCGAUCAGCCCCCCUGAGGUGCUGCCGCUAGGGGGGCUGUGUUGUUGCCUGGUGGACAAUUAACCACACUGACUCUCCUUGCCUUGGCCUUUCUGGCUGAGUUGACACCAGUGCUCUGUGUGAGAAGGGACUGCUGUGCUGGUGGGCAGAACAGCAGGCCGGGUGGAGAAACAUUUGAUAUUGUUCAAAGGAGAUGUCUCUGAAGCAUGAAGAUUGAACUGAUGGUGACCCCACCCGGGGGGGAAGGCGAGGUUCCCCCUGGAGUCACUGAGAGGACGAAGCCAUCGGUUACUAAUCCCAUUGGCCUGUGGGUCUUCAGGGUCUCAGACCGUGUAAAGGAUAGAGAAUCAGGGUUGAAAGCAAUAAAGAAGGCUUAAGGGAGAGAAGCAGGGGUCAUUUCAUCUAAUUUUGUGGCUAUUACUGAAGAAUAAAAAGAGAGGUAAUUUCAUUAGGUCCUUUGAGAUCUCUAUCAUAGCAAGAUGGCAUUUGAGGAGGCCGCAGAGCCUCCCAAGGCUGCCAUUUCCCGCCUGUGAAUCUAGAGCUGGGUCCCCGUAGAGCCGUGGAGGCCUUGGGAACUACCAGACCAGUCAGGGCACGGUGGGCAGAAAUGUCAGUCAGAGGCCAAUAAUGGCUGCCGUCCUGAUGGAUGACUGCGGGAACAUGGCAGGAGCUGGAACUGAAUCCUGCAGGUGUGUCCUUAACCUCUAAGUGGACUUGGUCCAUCCAGAUCACGUUGGUUACCCAUCACAGACCUUUCAACUAAGUGUGUCUUAGUUGACACACAUGGUGGGGCCUUACUGGAGUGGUGAGUGCAGAGUUUUCUGUCCGAUGAGGGCCAGUUUGGUCACGGUGCAUCGUCUUAUCUGUUGCUUCUAAUGGGCCCUGGUGGGCGGGUGAGGUUCCCCUCUCCAUGUUUUUUCAGAGAAAAGUGUGUCCACAGGGCUCUGACUUGAGGUUAUUCGCCUGAAUCAUCAGUAGAAGAAACAGAGAAGAGGAAAGAGAGUUAUGAAUUCUUCAGAGAGGGGGAAAAAGAGUGAUGACAAGCAGACAGUUCUCUGUGCCAACCACCAGCUUGCUUUCUUCUGAGGAGGUCCACAGUGACCGAGGGUCAGGGAGAGAGGGGCAAGGACAUGAACUAGGGGUGGCAGAAAAGGCUGUCAGUCUGCCUGGCUGUCAGUCUGUCUGAUACACUUCUCGGCAAAGCAAUGGGCAUCUCCUGGAAUCUGCGUCUGUGGUCAGAAUGGACAGCAGCCAUCGUUGGCCAUCUCGCCUCAGAUACAUUCUUGCUGUCUUGGAUCCAGUUGCUUUUAGCGUGUCCUCCUCCUUGGUGACUGCUUCUGUUAAAUCACUGUGGGGUUAACUCUGAGAAAGUAAGUAGUGUGCUAAUAGGAACCAUGAACCACCAUUGAACACAUCCAGUCAGAGCUUGGCUCUCUGUGGUUCCUAUGAUUGACACAGUUGAUGGAAGGUCUGCAGGUUGGCAGUGGAGGAUGCAGACAUUUUUCUGUCUGGCAAGCACAGUGUCCUUGGGAACUCCCAGAAGGUGAGACAGUGGCCAGAUGUUUUCCUGACAUGAAGGGACUGCUGGGGUGAGGGUAGAGAGAGCAAGCCUUCCUCGUGAAUCCUGAUCACUUGUGUUUGCCUCGCAGGCCUUGGAGGCGAGCAUCCACUUGCUUAGUGCGUGUGUUACUCUCUGUGUUCAUGGCUGUGUCUAGUCAGAGGUUGGCUGUACGUUGGGGGCCCUUGAAAGCUUUUUCUCCGGCUGCGUUCAGGAAGUUGGAGUGGAGUGUCAGAAAUGAUGGGAGUUGGUGGAGAAAUAAACAGAUCCCGGCAGCAUGUGAGGAAACUGGCCGCCCUAUUCCUGUUUCUCUUCAGUUGCGACCUGAAGGAACCAGGUUUCCUGCAUGGAAAAGGGUGCCUGUGCCAAGAGGCCUGGUAUGCCUUCCAGGCCAGGGUGCAGCUCUGUCUGAUAAACGCCGAGAUGAAGAGCGGGAUUUACCGACUGGCAGGAUGGAGGUAAGUCACAGGGCUGCAGCCACAGCUAUAUGAAUGUGGAGUUAAAGUAGCAGGUGUUCAAGGAGGCGGAACAUACUACAAUGUUGUCACCCUCUCUGCACUAGCACUGGGAGUGGUAAAUAGGAGAUCUGGGAGGGGCUUGGACGGGUUUCUCCUGUAAGAGACCAGAUGACUUGGCAGAAGCCCCUGGGGGCAGCCGUGCUGUCCGUCUUGCGUUCUCCCCUUAUUGUCUUUGCCCCCGGUGUGUUAGGUUUUGUAUUUUUAGGUGAACAAUUGCUAUGAAUAAAGCUUUGGCUGCCGGCUGUCAAUCUGGGGCACGGUAUGUUGAUGUAUAUAAGUGGUGCCAAGUGGCUUUAAACAGCAAGGUACUUUCUGGAGACUAUUUGCAGACUGCAAAACUGAGACAUAGUAAGAUCCAACGGGCUCCUUCAGGUCGGUCGUGAUUUUUGAGGGAGCUUGGGAGGCAGGAGUGCCACAGUGCUGUGUGCCUGACUCCCUUGAUGUUGGGUUCUGUGGGAACGGUCUCCUUGGCAUAGGGGCGAUGGCCUUAUGGCUUGGGGUCCCUGGAGGAGUCCGGAUAAUGUGGAAAAAGUAGGCUUGAAGUUUCCCUUUCUCCUUAAGUACACCCUUUUGGGGCCUAGUUAGCUCAUCUUUAGAGGGAUGGGCUGUUUGUAGCAUCAGACUUAGUGCGAUGUGUGUGCAAAGAAUGCUGCAGGGUGAUCAGGAGGUCAGGGUGUGUGUGUGUGUGUGUGUGUGAGUGUGUGUGUGUGUGUGUGUGUGUGAUGUGCACAUGCGCGUGCACUGCUGUACAGAAACCAGACAGCAUUGGGUAUCUUCCUCACUUGCUCUCCGCCUCACUUUAAUGAGAUCAGGCUUUUUACUGAUUUGACAAGUCCCAGGGACCCACCCGUCUCUGCCUCCCCAGAGCUGAGAUUACAGGCAAAUGCUCUAUCAUGCCCUGCUUUUUACGUAGGCUCUGGAGCUCUGAACUCUGGCCCUCAUGUUGGCAUGACAAGCCCUUUAUGAACUGAGCCAUUGCCUCAGCCGCCCAGGUGUCCUUGAUGACUUCAGUGACAGAACAAGGGUGACACUAUCCAUAGGGUAUCCCCUGCUGUCCAAACCCAGUGUGUGAACUGAACUUCAGUGUUCAGUGUUGGGGGUUGCCACCAAGAAGUCCAGGUCUUAUGAUGACUGUCCCUGAGAAUCCACACGGGUAAGCUCAGUGUGGUAGGGAGGCGUACCACUGCUUUUAGGCUCAAAGCCUGGCUGUGUGUUUAUCUCCAUUGGUUUAACUUGGUUAACACAUAAACCAGGGGAAAUUUAUGGAGACAGUACAAGGGAGUUGCAAUGUUCAGAAUGGUUAUAGGAGAUUCAUUAUAGAUUAGCAGUUGGCAGAGAGAACUUGUAAGUUCCUGAUAACCCAAGGACACAUCCUUGUUUGAUGCUUGGGGGGUUUCCUCUGCUUGCUCUCAUCCAUCCUCCCAGCUACGUUAAGGUUCCUGUAAAGUAACUGUUCUACUUCAACGCUUGGCAGUUGUUGGGGGUCAGUUCCUUGAAACUUCUGUACCGAGUGUCUGGAAUAUUUCCCUAAGGCUCACAUGUUAAUGACUUGGUCCCCAACCUUUAGUACUACCAGGACAAAGUUGAAUCUUUAUGAGGUGGGGCCUAGUGAUGAGUUUUAGGUCAUAGGGUGAUAGGGUGGAAUCCCCAGGGCUCCAGUCUCCUUACCCCUCUCAUAUUGGUCCUGAGGUCAUGAAGUCUAUCACAUGCUACUCCCAGAACCUGCUGCAUUGAGACCCGUCAAGCCGUGAGCCAAAAUAAAUCCUCUCUUCUAGCUCCUUAUCUCAGACAUUGUUACAGUAAGGUAACACUGGCUGAUGCAGGGAACUGACCACGCUCCUGUGGAGUUUCUGUGUCACCUCUAGGGGGAGAGCGCAGUUCCUUCUGCUCUCUAACUACUGCUAAUGCUACAUUUGUAUGACCUCGUCCUUCUCUCCAGGACAAAUGUUGAAGCAAGCAGACCACCCAGUUCCUAGUGGGUCGGAGGCCCAGUUGCAGUCAGCUCUUGUUGACAACUACAGACCAGGCUGAUCUACAGUGUAGAUCACAGGGCUCAAAGCUGUGAAGCCAGCAGGCCCCUGAGGUGGACCUGAGAGAGGGAGCCAUGGGAGGGGGCAAUGGGAGGAAGCUAUGAAGAGGGGUCAUUAAUGUUUUCUGGGUAAUUGGAAUUUGGAUAUGGAGAACAGACUUCAUCUUGCUCGUUCUUUGUUAGCUUCAUUUUGGUUAAGACCAGGCCUUGUGAAGUGAUCUGGUUUUUGUGGUGGUAACCUCACAGCCCGGGGUUCAGAUUGGGAUUCCUGAUGUGGCCAGCCAUUGGCUCUGAGGUAUAAUUGCCUAGGUGAUCUAGUCCUGGUGCGAUAUCAUGACACAGGCAUUUUGGGAGAGGAUAGUGAAUAUUUACUUGAUCUCCAAAUAGUCUUGAAGCAAAUUAGAAAGGACUUGAGGAUCAUGCAUGGUGAUAGAAAGUUGACUUGGAAAACCCAUUACCCAUCCAUUCACUUGUGGAGAAAACUGGAUUCUUUUCCUCAGGGUUCCUGAAAGUGACUGUACUGGCUGGUUUUGUGUAUCAACUUGACACAAGCUGGAAUUAUCACAAAAAAGGAGCCUCAGUUGUAGAAAAUGCUUCCAUGAGACCUAGCUGGAAGGCAUUUUCUCAACUAGUGGUCAAGGGGGGAGGACCCAGCCCAUUGUGGGUGGUGCCAUCCCUAGGCUGGUCUUGGGUUCUAUAAGAGAGCAAGCUGAGCAAGCCAGGGGAAGCAAGCCAGUAAGUAACAUCCCUCCAUGGCCUCUGCAUCAACUCCUGCUUCCUGACCAGCUUGAGUUCCAGUCCUGACUUCCUUUGGUGAUGAAACAGCAGUGUGGAAGUGUAAGCUGAAUAAACCCUUUCCUCCCCAACUUACUUCUUGGACAUGAUGUUUGUGCAGGAGUAGAAACCCUGACUAAUACAGUGAGCCCAGCUUCCUCAGACUCUAUCCCAAGCUUUAAUGGAGGACAUUUUAUAAUAAAAGCACACUCUUGGAGGUACCUUUUGUUUGUUCAAUUACUUAUUGUAUGUGGGCUUUCAGCACAGACCUGUGUCUUGUCCCAUGCUCUUUGGGGUGGGUAACCACAUUAGAGUGAAUGGGGACUUAUGUCAUAGUGUGUAUGUUUACACAGUUAGAUGCUGCUGAUGUGACAGGGUUCAGUGUUCAAGGGAUUCCAACUCAUCAUGAAAAGUGAAUGUUCAAAGAUUGGUUUUCAGUUUACAGAUUCCUUAUACAAAGGAAGUAGUAGAUUUAUUAAUUACUUCCCAAGUAAAGUCCAAGUUGCCCAGAGAGGGCUUCUAUAGAGAAGACAUGAACCAAACAAAGUUGCCAUCUGUCUCUAUUUUUACAGCAUAAGCCAGUGAGGCCCUUGGCGUGGCUCGCACGCUCUUCCGUUUAUACUCCAUUCCCUGUGUCUUCUCUGGAUGACCCCUUAUGGCGUAUUUUCCCCCCUUGCAACCAGGAUAAAAUUCCUGAUUAUAUAUCACCCCCAUUCCAUUUCCCCUUUGCCCAAGGCAGAAGUGUUGGGUCUCCCUGAAAGGACACAAUUCUUCAUCCAGCCCUAUGAGGUCCUCAUAGGGUCCUAGGUUACAGCCUCAGGUCUUCUGGAACCCACUGUAGCUCACUAGCAAAUCUACAGAGUGCAUACACAGGGUUAGGGGAGGUUUUGUUUUUUACUAUGUACUCCUUUAAAUAAUUUUACCAACUAAAGAAAACAUUAGAAAGGCUCGAUCAGGAUCUUUGGAGGAAGAGAAUUCUUGGGCCGUCCCAUUUUUUUUUUUAAUUGAGCAUAGAUCUCUGCCGGGUCAGGAUAUAUGCAUGGUAGGAGGAUGAAUGGAUGCAUGGUAGCUCUGAGAGCUGGUUUCGUCCCCACUUCCCAGCCCCAGACUCUGUGAUCUCAGGCAGGGCGGCUUAGUUCCAUGAUCUGGAAGGUGCAGCAGGUCAUGCUUGCUCCGUAGAACUCUUAGGAGAGUUUAAUGAGGCAGAAGGUUUACACGUAAGGGUUGUUGAAGCCUUGAGUGGUCAGGUUCUUCCCAGGAGCUUCUCUGACUGUUCUCUCUCUCUCUGCUCAGGCCUCCGGGUGCAUGUUAGCUGGUGUUGUUUACAGCCAUGUAGCAUGAACUGUGUUUACCUACUGUCCUGAACAACCUGCCUUCAUCCGAGUGGAGCUUUCCACUGGGCAGUGUCCUGUCACCCGGCAGUCUCUGCCACUGGGCAGUGUCUUGCUGCUCUUGUGUUUAUUUUGGCUCUCGAACAGGCAGAGAUUCUGGAGAAUGGCAUUUCUCUGGCUUCUCUUUGCCUUUGGGAUAGAGACCUUUGGAGUGUGUGCGUUCCUGUGAAUAAAGAUUAGUGGCCACUUAACAUUAAAUUUUCCCUGUGGUCCGAUUUAUUAGAGAGUAUGUGUUUCUUGGGAAAAUUGCCUUCUGGGGUGAUCAGCAGAGUUUGUGGGCUUACUUCCUGGUCUAACGUGUAAAUUGGAAAGGGUGAGAGGAGGCCCUAAACCUGGAAGAGAAGUGUUUACAUUUGUGCUGGGAGAACCAACAUACCACUCGUCGUUUACAGGCCUGGCCUGCUCAGGGCAGCAUGUACCCACCUAGUAAUGUAAUUUAUUUCCCUCUGGGAAAUGUGGUUUUACAUGCUGCGUAUCAGUGUCAUUGAAACCUUGUUUUAAGAGGAAAAUAGCAAUUAAUGUUUGGAAAUAGGAAAUAACUUUACAAAUUUGUGGUGGAAGAGACCCAAUAAAAAUGACGUUCCAGCAUUCCCCCCGAAGGUGAACGUAAGAGUUUAUAAACGGUGUUUUCUGUCUGGGAGCCGCAUAGCCUCUGAUGUGUAAGCAUUUAGCCAAUGUAGGACUGCCACAGGGCAUUGCUCUGUGUCAGAUAGGGCUACUGCUCAGAAGGCAGAGAUCACAUAGCCAUACAGGCUGACACCUGUGUCUUCUUAAGGACCGUUCGGUCAGAUGAGGCCAGGUCUGUGUCAUGGCUGCUUUUGAUCCACUGCUGGGAGCUGACAGGUGGGAGAGCAUGCUUGAGGAAGCCGCUGUUAAUUUGUAACUCUGGGCUUGCUCACUUGCGUUCAUAAGCGCCUCAGUUCAUUGUUUUAAGAAACAAAGGGGAGCCACCUUUCAAGACGAGCUCGUGGGUUUGUUUUUACUGUUGCUGAUGAGACAUCACCUACAUUAAAGUGCUUGCAUGAAAGAAUGGCUCCAGCGUGGGAAUUAGGGGCUUCAGGCUUUCAUAAGAGAUGCUUUCAAAAUGGAGAAUCUCUGUAAAGCCGUAGCAGUGUGCAAUUAACCCAGAACGUUGAUGGUGAGAGUGUAGUUCAAAAAAAAGGAGAAAUCAUGACGAUUCUAGACGAUUCUGCUUAGCUGCCCUGUUCUGGUACGCAUGUGCCUUGCAGUGGGGAUUUUUUGGGGAUGACGCUAUUGACAGUCUGCACUGGGUCAUUCUUGGUUGUAGGUGCCCUUCAGGAUGUGUGGCUGUAUCCCUGGCCUCUAUGUGGCCAGCAGGCUGGACCUUGCUCCUCAUGUGUUGGGCCCACAUGAGUGUCUGCAGAUACUGAUGAGUGAGUUAGUCCUUGGGAGGGAAGGAUACCACACCAGCUUUCCAGGUUGAGAACCGCGAAUCCCUACCAUGUAUGGAUCUAUUUUUAGAAAACAGUUUCUAUUAGUUGCUGGAUGCUAAGGGCUUUUUAAAAUAUUUUUUGAUCGUGUUGGUUUCAUAACCCAUGUGAUGACUCAGGGUUUGCUGCAGGAGAAGCGAAGGAAUCUAUGUCUUUGCUUUUUCUUUGGUUUGCAAACAAAGGACUCUUAUCCCCCCCCCGCCCCCCCCCCCGCCCCCAGGUCAAGUCCAGGUGCCUUGAACUCACUACAUGACUGAAGAUGACUUUGAAUUUCUGAUCUUCUUGCCCCUACUUUCCAAGUGCUGGGAUUUCAGAGCUGCACCACCAUGCCUGACUUAUGCAGUGCUGUAGACAGAACCUGGAGCUUGAAGUAUAUUAGGAUAUUAGUAUAUCCUCAGCCCAUAAUUAAGAGUGUGUCGCUUUAAAUAUCUUCAUGUUCUUUGGUCUCCUGCUCUAUUUGCUCUGAGGGUUCGGACAGAGCUUUCUCUCCUCUCUCUCUUCCUGAUGUCAUCCCCAGGGCUUUGGGAAAUAAAAGGGAACUGUUCUGCAGAUCUUGUAGAGACCAGGGUCCGGGAAGCCUGCCCCGCACACACAUUGGCCCUGCAGGGUUCAUGCUGCAAACUCAGAGUGGAGGGAACGACAAGACGCUUCUGCUGCCUAUGCUGGAGAAACCCUUGAUCCUGAUUUAUAAACUGUGACUGGGUGAGAUAAAACAAGUUGGUGGGGGGUUGGGGAUUUAGCUCAGUGGUAGAGCGCUUGCCUAGGAAGCGCAAGGCCCUGAGUUCGGUCCCCAGCUCUGAAAAAAAGAACCAAAAAAAAAAAAAAAAAAAAAAAAAAAACCCAAGUUGGUGGGAUCUAGUGGCUGAAGUCCCAGGCUUAGGAACCAGACCGCUGUAACGUUUAUCAGCUGAGAGAUCUCUGGGAAGUUAUGUGAAGUCUCCUUGCUUCAGUCCCUCCCAGUAACUUGAAGGCUUGCUAUGCCUGAUGGGUUUCUGGGAAGACCAUGCUAGGGAUGUACCUGGUGUUUUAGUGCUUGCCUCUUUUUGGCCAGACACCACCCUAGAUGGUGUCUGUGCUUCGUUCACUCCCUGUUCCAAAUCCUUUUAUUAUUUAUUUAUUUUUUCUCAGUAUGAGCGACAAUGAUGCCCAUAUUUGUGAAGUCAACAUGGACUCCAUUUUAAACUCAUAUAGAGCAACGCUGUUUUACAUUUCGACGACUUAAUAAGGAAACUGGUAGAGUUAUUUUACAUGUCCAUGGCGACAGCAGGUUUGUAUCGCCAGACACUGCCAGGAACCUUUGUGUCUGCUUAGAGCUGCUUUCCCAAUUCCAGACAUGGAGCAUGGAAGGGAGGAUCCCUUCAAAACGAGCGAGCUUUGCUCAAAGGCUCACUGGCUUAGUGUGCGUGACCCCUUCCCACUUUCCUGAGACCCAGCGGAGGCUGGAGGAGGUGGAUGGAGCUGCUCUAAAUUUAUGUCUAGGGCCUGCUUCUUAGGACACCACCUCAAAAUUAUCUUAAUCAGUUUGCGAGUUUUCUGGCAGAGCAGACCCAGUCAGGCUUCCCCAGGGCAUUGAGGGUGACUGCUGUAGGUUCAAGGCCAGCACUGUGCAGGUAAAUGAAACCUUUGAAACUUCGAGGCAGGCAGACGAGAUGGCUCAGAGGGUAAAGCCAUGUGCCUCCAAGGCUGAGGUCCUGAGUUCGAGCCUCAGACCCCACAUGGUGAAAAGAACAAACCAAUUGCUGCAAGCCACACUCCAACCAUCACGGGUGCGGUGAACAUACCUGUACACGCGUGUGUGUACACACAAGAUAAGUUUUAGAAAAGUAAGUACCCCACCCACUGACAACAUUGGCACUCAAAUGUAACUAAGCCAGCUCUUCAGUACUGUGGGGCUCUCUCUGGAGACCAAGAAAGGAAGUACUCUGAAGUGUUCCGCCGCCCAGGGUGUUUAAAAAAGAUAAGUUACUUACUGCUUCCCGCUGUCCUCCCAGCAUCCUUUGAUGGAGAGAUUAGCUAAACUCCCCCCACCCCCGUUUUCUGAGUCACCGAUUGUGAACUGCCUUGGCUCACAGCUCUGCCUGGCCGAAAGCCUGUCACUGACCCGGCUGGCCUUUCUCUGAAUAUGAACUGUGAGGGAUGGCCCGUUUUUGAGCUGAUUUAAAUUUUUGAAUCUGAGACUUAAGACAGAGGGACGAAAGUGACUGAGGCUAGGAGGCGGCUGAUUUCCUGCCAACUGAAAACAGUGACCAGUGACCGUUAGCAGCUUCUGCUCUGUGCUGUGCACAGGACAUCCAUUAACAUGCUCAAUCUCCCAUCCACCCUAGUGGGGAUUGGAAGCUUUCUGCAGGGCUAGCAGAGGCUCUGUGAGUCCAAGGAGCUGUGUAAAUAACUGAUCUAGCAGAUGGCAGAGCAAAGAAGUGAAACUGUGCCUUGCGAAGGCUGGAGAGGCCUCCUGGCCUGGACACCUCUAGUUAUAUCUCCCAGGUACAUGAGAUAAUCCUAGACCUCUGGACCAGAAAAUGAGCACAUGUUCCAAGUCUGGGAAGGUCUUACUAGACCAGCUUUAGUCAUCGUUUACCUACGAUUCUCAGUGGCUUAAGAGAGGCAGAAGGAAGCCCACGUGGUAGUGGAAGGUGGGGAAAGGAGGCCUCUGCCCCUUGGGUGUAUCUGGAAAGGGCUUAUGAACAGGUGUUGUCUUCGUGUCUGGCUGCCUGACCACAGAGGCCUCUGUUCUCUGUGGCUUCUUGUCUGCAGCUGUGCCCAUAUUGGAGAUCAGUGGGGAGACCAGUCAGUGAGUCUGUCCUUGGGCUCUUAGUGAAUUGCCCUGGGCAUUCUGAAGGUUGGCCCUCCUCUGGCUUUCUUUCAUUAGAUCAUAAUCUCCCCAGCACAUGGAGACAGCCUGAGGGCUCCUUAAGUACAGGACCUUCAAGUUCAGUUCUUUCCAGACAGCUGCAGGCACCAGGCCCUGGGCUACUAUUUCUUCCUGGACCAGUGUCCCAGGAGUAAUUCUGGAUAUGAGGCAAGGAGAGGCAGCCAUUGUGUGGCAGGAAUGUGCCACAGGUAGGUAGCUGCUUAUUAGCUUACUCUUUCGGUCAGAUUAUUUUUGUUGCUGUUAAAAAUUAAUUUUUAAUAAUUGGUUUUGGAUCAAGCCGCUAGAUAACUGUGCCAGCUUUUCAUGCCCAAUGAACUUUUAUGGCAAACUCAGCCCUCUUUAUGGGGUUAUUAUGAGGAUGAUAUUUGUAAAGCCCUGUAACUGCUGACAGGAAGGCUCCGGAUAAAUAGCAGCCAUAUUUUCAGAGUUCUGGAGGACUGAUUAUACAGGGGCAUUCCACACGUGAAAGAUGCCCAUCACAGUCUGCUGUAGCGAUGUGCAUUGGUGCAUAGUUUCCUGCUUUGGGUUUCUGAAGAGACUUUUUUUUUUCAAAAGCUUGGGUGGUUAUUUAUAUAACAUACACAACUGUGUAAGUAUCUUCACAGUGAUGAAGUUCGAAUAGUAACAAAUGAUUGGAAAUCCACUACCGGGAAUCAAGAGCUAACUUUACUUAAGUUAGCAAUGGGAUCCUACUGUUUUUUUAAGUCAAAUGCUGCAUGGUCUCACUUUAAAAAUGUUUACUAGGUGUUGGGGAUUUAGCUCAGUGGUAGAGAGCGCUUGCCUAGCAAGUGCAAGGCCCUGGGUUCGGUCCCCAGUUCCGAAAAAAAAAAAAAAGAAAAAAAAUGUUUACUAGAUUUGUGUGUGUGUGUGUGUGUGUGUGUGUGUAUACAUGAUAUACAUUUACACAUACAUAUACGUGUGCGGGUAUGUCUGUGGCAUGGCAUAAGCAUAGAAGUAAAUCAGAGGUUAAAUUGGGGGGAUUCAGUUCUCUUCAUCCACCAUGUGAGUUGCCAGGAUCACACUCCAGACUGAACUCAGGCUUAGUGGUACGUGUCUUUUUACCUGUUGUUCAUACUGACGACGUGUAGCUCAGGCCGGCAGCAAACUCCUUAUCCUCCUGCCUCGGCGUCUUCAGUAUAUGUAACUGGUGUGCACCAGCUUCCCAGUCUAGUAUAACAUUUUGUGUGUGUGUGUGUUCUCUUUUGUCUUUGGAGGAAAAAACAAACACAGAAAAGGUAGAGUUACUUUGUUGCUCCAGAAAGCAACUCACUCCCCAGAGAAGGCCCACCAUAUGGUGGACUGUAGGCUUUGAGUGAGUGACGCUAGUUGCUUUCCUGUGUUUGCUCAGAAAUCUUGGCUUUAGCGCUGUGGGAGAAUAGAAUUCGGAGGACUCUAUGUGGCUCUGGCAGGCCUGUGAGCUGUUGCAGUGGAUUUUUCAGUGAUGCUUAGAGUUGACCUCCCCAGGAUCCCUUGAAUACACAGUAACUGCCAACUUUAUUAGGAGGUGAGUUAGACCAUGAAUCAUACUGUAUUAACUCCCUUAAGAUCUUGCAGUUUCUCCCCUCACAACAGGACAAAGUCCAAAUUCACUGCCGAGACACAUUGUAAUGGUGUUAUCUGCUUUUGCCAGCUUCCCCAACCUUAUUUGUAACCAUUUCUGUUCUCAUUGAGGCUUCUUUGCAGGUCCUUAAUCACCAUGCUCUUGCCUCUCAGGGCAUUCUCAGGGUGUCUGUUUCCCUGGUGCUCAGGUGUCUAGGAGGGUGUGAGAAGACUCAAGAUCACCUAUUUGCACUUUGGCAAGUGGCUUUCUGUAUUGACAGUUCUUUUCUCCCAUCCCUUAACCUGUGUGGGUCUUGUCUGCUCUUCUCUGUCAUUAUAGCUCCCCACACGCCACCCCCUAGUUCACAGCUCUGUUCGAAUGUGCUGCCUUGGGCUAGCAGGCUUUAGUCUGGGAAAGCAAGACAGAUACUUGCUGAGGGAGCACUGGAUUCUGUUUGAUUUUAGACUAGUAUCCUAAAAGGAUUUAUACCACUUCCUUUUGUUUGUUCUCUCAUGGUAAUUAAUGAACUUUGCCCCGCCCCCUUUAACAAUGACUAAGUAACAGGAUCCUAACCAAGUCUGUGUUUGUGUUGUGUAACUAUUUCCUAUGAGGAUUGAAACACUCCAUCCUAUAGGAAACUCCUAAAGUAGGAAGGUAAGCAACUCAAAAUAGCUUCAGGAAGUUCCUGAAACUGAACAGAAUGGCUAGGCCCCUUCCUAACAGAGUAAACAAUAAAAGCUGAGGGUGCCCCUCAGACAGAGGAAGCUGAGCUGUCAGAAAGACUAUCAGGAAAAGAGUUACCUCCAUGGAAGAUACAGAAACCAGCCAGAUUGCCUAGAAGAGGUUUAGAACGACAGAGGCACUUGGAAAGGAUGCUCACAAACCUGCAAGCUAUCCAGUGUGCUCUGGGUUCAAUGUAAGCUGUCACCCUAUGCUUGUUAAUAUUCAUUUAAAGUUUAGACUUACUAUGCUUGAGACCUAAAAACAAAAGUGCCUUUCAUAUGUUAGCCUUAUACAGGCUGCACCCUAUCUGUCCACUUCCCUUUUUUCCAUAGAGGUUGAAGACUAUUCUUAAAUUGAUAGAUAUUGUAAAACUUGCUGUUCUAGCAAGAUAAGUCUAACUGGUAUUUAUGCUUUUCCAAUCAAACUUGCUUACUCUGCUCAAUAACCAGGACAGCUGCCAGACAUAUAUGUUAAAAUUAGAACCUGCCUCCACAUAAACAGAAUGCAUGUAAUCUUGUGGUUUUUGACUUUAUAACCCUUGUAAGUUGUGUUAUAAGCUGAUCUGGCUAGCUGCUACAUCUGGGGAAUGCUCUUGGUUGAAGUCCUGGUACCAUGAGGAUCUGGCACCAGUAUUCAAUAAAGUCUAUUAUUAAAAUGUAUUCAUGGUCAUGGUGAAUCUCUGAGUGUCCCAGACCCAUAAGGACUCAUGCUAGGCUGGACCUUAGCAAUGCAGCUGUCUUGGAGUCACUGUUGCUUCUGUAAGUAACCCUGUACCCAUAUUCCUAUAAAUGACCCCAAUAAAACUCAUUGGUUCACCAGGUUAGACUUUGGGGCCAUUUUUACUUUGGUCUGUCAUAGGUUUUAUCUCUGGGUGUGAGUAGAUGUGUGUUUUGUGUCUCACAGGAAAAGUUCAGUCACAAAACACUCUGCUUCUGGCACUUGAGAUACACUUAGCAUUGUGUUAAUGUGCUGUGGUGGUUUGAAUAUGCUUGGCCCGUAGGGAGUUAGGAGGUGUGGCCUUGUUGGAGGAAGUGUGUCACUGUAGGGGUGUGCUUUGGAGGUCUCCUGUGCUCAGGUCCACCCAUUGAGUAAGAGAACUUUCUCUUAUCUGUCUGAGGAAGACAGUCUUCUCCUGGUUCCUUUCAGAAUAAGAUGUAGAACUCUCAGCUCCUCCAGCGGAAGGUAUGGCCCAGAUUAAAGGUGUGUGCCUCUACACCUGGACCCAAGCUGUUCGUUCCUUGUAGCUUGCCCUGCCCCAGGCUGGCCUUGAUUUCUGAGAUGUGAAUUUCCUUGAACACAGGAUUUAGUUUCAUUCUGUUGAUGGCACACUGCGUGUUUGUGUUUAGAUUAAUAGACAUAUUUGCUUGGUGUCCUAUUUGUAGAUUCCCCAUGUUCUUGGAAUCAGUGACAGGUAAAGGGUGAGGCUCCUCCCCACAUCCUCUGGUGUAGAUCUUCAAAGUCUUUGCUACUGUGUGCUGCUCUCCCAGUUUUUAGCAGGCAUAUGUGAUGUCUCCAGGCAGCGGUUCUCGACUGCCUGCUGUCUAAAUCUAUAGAAGGGUGCAACAGGCCAGGAUGCCUUGGACUUGGUGUUCUCUCCCUUUUCUGGGAGGUUUCAUUUGAUGGCCAUUGUCUACCCAAUGCCCUGUGUUGAGUUCAGAGGGCCGAGAGGGCUUGAGGUAGGGCCAUGAUGUCUUGUCCAGACCUUCAUAGAGCCCAGUGCUCAUACAAGAACACCUCGCAUGAGGUUGGGAAGCAGCAGAGGCUGAGGUCCAGUGGAUACAGGUAAGGUAUAGCUGAAUGUUGCCCUGUCUGAUCUGCCCACUCCAGGCUGGGUAGGUGACUCUGGUCAUGUUAGGGAUGGUCAGAGGUGUCUGACAAAGGGUCAGCCUGCUUCCAUUUGGGAGUCCCCAAGGGACAGUAGUGACUUUUCAGAAAGAAAGUGUGGCCAUCAGUGGGCUAGUAAGAUGGCUCAGUGGGUAAGGAAUUGAAUGUCCAAGCCUGGAAAGCCAUGAGAAGCUGACUGGGUAGAACCAGUUGUACCAUUGUCCUUUCACCUCCACGCAUGUGCUGGGAUUCACACCACCCUCAUCGUGUAACACACACACCCAUCUGUGUACACACAUCAUGUACACACUCACACACCACACCACACACACCAUACCCCCACCACACACACACACACACACACACACACACACACACCUGUAACCCAUCCCCAUCGUGUAUACACACAUACAUACACACAUCUGUAACCCCCCUGGUAUGGUAUACACACAUACAUACACACAUCUGUAACCCCCUGGCAUGUGCCCACACCCCCACACACACUCAUACCAUGUACACUGGCACUGGCACCCCUCCAUCCAUAACCCCCCCCAUCAUGUACGCAUACACACAUACCUGUAAACCCCCAUCGUGUAUACACACACAUGUGUAUGCACACACACUGGCAUCAUGUAUGCUUGUACUCACACACCCCCAUCAUGUACACUUGUGCUGGCACACACACCCUCAUCAUCCGUCACAUACACUUGAACUGGCACUCCUUCCCCUGACCCCAACAAGUGUCCUAAAUAUCUUGGGUAUUGCUUUUAUCCCUUUCAAAGAGAGCUCAGAUUAGGGAAAAGUUUUGAUAGUUGAAUAGCUCCAGUAGUUAAAAACCUAAACUGUCUAUCCAGAACCCAUCCUUUUGUGUAUUCUGGCAUGCGGUUAUCUUCUUCUGACUUUGACUUUAACUGAUUGUCUCCUGAAGGUGUGAAAUUAAAGCCGUGUUCUCUUUCAGUCUCUGCUUUGGAUUGUCUUUGAUACCCCGUAGUUUCAGGUUAUUUCUAAAGUUUACCUAAGAAAACGUUGGAUGUCAAAAGUAGCCAGUAGUUCUCUGUAAUUGGGUAGGAUUGUAAAACCCAGUGCUGAGUUCUUACAAGAGGUUUCUAUGUAGGUGUGUUUUCUAGCAUUUAUGAACAAACGCUGCUUGCGUGGCCCUCUCUGGCUUCCUCUAGAAUGCUUGCUCUGGCAUUUCAGUCUGGGAGAGUCUGCCCCGAUCUAUGUGAUUAAUGGCCCGUUGUCCCCUCUUUGAACUUUAUCUCCUUGGUCUCCUUUGUCCAUCCCCUGUGUCACCUGACACUUUCCACCAGUUCACUGGUUCAUUGCUUAACUCUUUGACACUUUCAUCCAACGGUGGGGAUAUCACGUAUCUCCUUUAAAAGCCUCUCGACUGUGUGCUCCUUCACUGCCCAGAGUGAUUUCAAAUUAACAUUCAUUGUAUGCUGCCUUUGUUGGGAGUCUGUUGGUCAAGAUCAUCUCAAUGGUAAGAUUGGGGUGCCUGUAACUUUGGGAGGGAAAAAAAACCACUGCCCAUUGCUUUCACUGUAAGCGUAUCUGGACGGCGACGCAAUCGGUUUAAAGUAGUUGUGGAGUUUUUCAUUGUUUAAUUUCAUCAGGUAUAGCCAUCUUGGGAUGUGGGUUUUUCUUAUGAAUUUUGAUUGACAUGCCCGGGCUGCUGUGUGGAGGGAAAGGAUAUGCCGGCUAGUGACAAGGACACUCCGGGAUAAAAAGAGUACAAGGGGCAGAAACCAAUCAAAUGCAGACAAUCAGAGAUACAACAGAAACAUUUUAAUCUGUGUGUGUGUGCAUGCACACACGUUGUGUACCACAGGAAAUCCUAGGAAUACAGAUGUGUUCAGUGAGGUUUAGCUUUUAACUAGACUGCAACUUAAUUUUAAAUGUCUUUUGUUUAUAUGUCAGAAUGUCAAAAAGAAACUUCUGAGAGAGGAUGCCCUGGGACUUUGGGUGUGAUUGACACUUGAGACAGCCCUGGGACAACGUUUGGUGGGGCUAUUGCCUUGAUCUACCUCAUAGUUGGGCAGCCUGGAGAACCGGAACAUCAACGACUUCCAAGGAAGGUUGUUGCAUGAGGCGUUUUGCUCAGCUGCACAGCCAACACCAUUCUGGAGUGGUCCACUGUCUUAAUGAUUCACGCUCCCUGCAUAGCUAGAUUUCCCCAGGGUCUGUGUUCACUCAUGGCAGACCACAUGGAAAUGCCCCUUCAGGACACCAAGGUACCAUUUAAUGAACUGUUCCAUUAGUGCUGUUUAAUAACUAACAAUCCUGGUGCAGUAAGUGGUAUUUAAUUACUGGCUUUUUGAGCCACCAGGGAACCAUUGAGUAAUUACUGCUUCAUUGUCAUUUAAUAAAUUUCACUCUUGUACAUUAAAUAGCUCUGAGCAAUAACUCACUGCCUAGUCCCCAGGGACAUAAAUAAGUUAAUGCUCCUCGUAGAGAUGUGUCUGUGUCGUAGAGACCAGAUGGCCACUUCCUCAUUGGUAGAGUAAAGGUCCCUGGACUUUGGUUUCAUAGAGCAGUUUAACAAAAUGCCCAUAGGCUGACAUAGGGUUAUUGACUUAAUUCUGUCAAGUUUUAUUUCCUGUAAGAGACCUAACUCAGGUUCACCUUCAGGGCUUCUGGACACUCAGUAAGCGUCGUGUGAACUGAACUGAUCUCUGUAUUUUAGGCCAGAAUUUUUGCUGUUGGUAGACAGUAAUUUUGUUACUAUUUCAUAAGACCUUGUCCUGGAGAUGCUAACUGUGUAGCAUGUGUUGCUGGGUGUGGCUGCUGAAGAUACUGUACAUCAUGUUGGGAUCAUGUGGAUUAGAUGAACAGUGUAGCUCAAAGCUGCAGAAGAACUCUGGAGUAGAUUGGAUGGAGCCAUGAUUCCCCUGUGGAUUAUCUGAAAUUAUUAUUCUUAUUAUCUGAGGGGUUUCAAGAUACAGAUGCAGAGUCUGCAGGUUGUGGUGUCUUCUUUUCAGAUCAAAGAGAACAUGCAUCCAUAAGAACGAUUUAUUUUAAAUGAAGCUUGAAAAGCCCACCUUCUCAGCCACGUUGCCAGGUCUGUUGGAAGAUACUUGCUGGAAUUCCAUCCAGUUCAGGGCAGCUAGUGGCUGUGGAAGUGACCGUUACAUCCUGCUGUAUCUUGAAAGACUAUGAAGGAAGAGUUGAUAGCCCAUGUUUGAGGGGAGUCCCCUGGGCUGCCCCAGGCCUCUGCCAGACCAUCAUUUCCUAAGAUGUGGGCAUCGGCGUGGCUCAGUCUGGGCUGUGUGUCUACCUGCCUCAUUCCUCGUGCCCAGUAGCUUUUCGGUUGCUUAUACCAGAAUGGUCUUGUAGAAUGCUUGCCAUUUAGCAUGCAAGGAGAAGAGAACAGCUCAUUCUAACACUUUUCAUUGAACUUAUGUUAGAAAUAUAGUUUAUACUUGAUAUCGUGAUUUAAAUGUCUAGAUUAGGAGCUUAUAAGACAUACAUUCUACAGUAGGGCUUUGUAGUGGAAGAAAGGGGAAUAUCUCAUUGUCUUCUGAUAGAGCAAAAUGGAGCUCACUGAUUCUGCCCGCCUCGCUGGCCAGCAAGGGGUCUGUUAGGCACACAGGUUAAUUUAACCCAGUGUCAAACUAUAAGACUGUAAAUUCGGCGCUCAGACAUGGAGCUAAGUUCAUCCCUCUAGGAGAGUCACCGCAUCUUUUUUAAAAUUAAUUUUUAUUUAAUUUUAUGCCCUUGGUGUUUCUAUCUGUAUUUAUCUCUGUGUGAGGGUGUCAGAUCCCAGACAGUUAUGAGCUGCCAUGUGGUUGCUGGGAAUUGACCUGUGCUCCUCUGGAGAAGUCAGUGUUCUUAACCACUGAGCCUUCUCCUCCAGCCGAGUCACAUGGUUUAGUUGGAGGGAUUUAGAGCGUUCCUAAAUGCUGGGCGUAGGACCUAAGUAGAGGAGGAAGGGGACGCCUCCUGAGGGCAGCUGAUGUGAGAGUGCACUGUCUUCUACCCCUGGGAAGCAGCUGCCUUUACUUUAAAGCCAGACUUCUCGCAGCUCAGAAGAGCAGGCAUCAUGCCAGUCUUCCGUUGGAGUGUGUGUGUCAAGCUGUCUUGAGUGUGAGCGUCCCGCAUCUCACGGGAACCCAUGUAGAGUCUCUUCCGACUUUUCAUCCAGUUGUUGUUCUGCUGGAGUAUCACAACUCCAAGAGCAGUGCUCUGUGGUCACCCCCAUCGUUGGGUUUGAUGUUCUAUCUCUGUGGGAAUGAAGGUCUUAUCGUUUUAAGUGGUGGGUGGAAACCACUGCUUUUAAGAUGCUUGCCUGUGUUGUAAUCCGACACACCACACAUCUGCAUUAGCCAUAGUCUGCUCAUUUUGAACAGCUCAUUUACUGGUUCAUAUUUUAUGUGUCAUUGUGUGCUUAACUCCCCACCCCCACCCCUGAACUCUUUCCAGAUUGAGGCUGUCAUAACAUCUACAAGCCAGUUACUUUACGCUUUCUAUGGGGACCCCUUCCUGGGAAUGUGUUUCUUCACAGGGAUACCUGAUAAAAGAUGGGGACUCUGUAGAUUUUGUUUCUUAUUGCUGCCUCCCAUUUGCCUCCAGUGCUCUAAGGAGAUAGAAAAGCAAGGAAAAAACACCUGGAAGGAAAAGAGAUUGUCUUUGAGGCUUGCAACCUUUUACUGGAAAGAAAAAAGAGUUUUUAGAGCACGGAGUCAAGAUUUUGUUUGCUGUGGGCUAAUCAAUAAUUUAUUCAGUUCAGUGCAGUGGUUAAGAGCACAGGCUGUAGAGAUCAAAUCCAUCAUUAAAUGCCCCCGAGCCUCCGGUUUCCAUCAUGGCUAGAUGCGUGUGCUGCCACGUUCUUUGGGUGUGUGCUGAGGUUUAAAUAAGACAACGAACUCUAAAGGAAUCGAUUGAUUGUCGCAGAGCCAAGCUCAUGAGCAGAGCUCAUAAAUUAGAGUUAAGAGAUUUGUUCUGGCUGGGGGCCCGUGGCAUUAGACCUCGGAAUUUGGCUUCAGAUGGGGAUUGGCACAUCUGUUCUUUGUGGCCAUUCUUCAUGGCUGUGCGUGGCCUUGAGCCUUCCCGGUAUGUCCACUGAAUUUGCGAUCUGAGUUGCUCUGCCAGGACAAGUGCUCAGGCUUGUGUGUGAAUUAAUACUGAUGGUGAAGGGAGACUCCCCUAAGGAGAAGCACUUUUCCUUUAAAGACACAGAAAUAAGGAUGACAUCAUCCAGGAAGUGUCAACCAGGUUUAUGAGCAAACUUUGACCACAUUCCCCUGACACCAGGUUGUUUUGUUUGGGUAAAAGCAAAAGGGAGGCUUGAGAGGCCUGUGAUUAUUUCAACCUUGUUACCUCAUUAGCCUGAAUCAAAUGCUUCUAUGGGCACCUGGGGAGCUGUCUCAGGGGUUAGGACACUUGCAGGUCAUCCAGAGGACCCGAGUUCGGUUCUCAGCACCCAGUUAGGUGGCCCUACAACUGCCUGUAAUUCCAGGCAGAUCUGACACCCUCUUCUGACCUCCAGGGGGCACCUACACACAUGUGGUUUAUGCUCACACACAUAUACAUGUCUACACAUACAUAUGAAAUAAAAAAGCGUCUAAAAAGCUGUUGGACCCAGGGUUUGUGCAGAUUUGCCGUGUCAGUGUGUUUGGUGAUCUUACUGGAUUUAGUCUGUACCUGUUUACUGUGAAGCUUAAUGUGUCCUCCUUUGAAAGAUCUGCCCUUUGAGACCUCAUAUGAACAACAAUGCCAAGCAACCAGAGCUUCCAGGGACUAAGCCACACUACCUAAAGACUAUACAUGGACUGACCCUGGACUCUGACUUCAUAGGUAGCAAUGAAUAUUCUAGUAAGAGCACCAGUGGAAGGGGAAGCCCUUGGUCCUGCUAAGACUGAACCCCAAGUGAACGGGCUUGUUGGGGGGAGGGCGGCAAUGGGGGGAGGAUGGGAGGGGAACACCCAUAUAGAAGGGGAGGGGGAGGGGUUAGGGGGUUGUUGGCCCAGAAACCAGGAAAGGGAAUAACAAUGGAAAUGUAAAUAAGAAAUACCCAAGUUGGGGUUGGGGAUUUAGCUCAGCGGUAGAGCACUUGCCUAGCAAGCGCAAGGCCCUGGGUUCAGUCCCCAGCUCCGGAAAAAAAAAGAAAAAAGAAAAAAAAUUAAAAAAAAAAAGAAAUACCCAAGUUAAUAAAGAUGAAGCGCGCGCGCGCGCGCGCACACACACACACACACACACACACACACACACACACACACAAAGGAAAGAAAGAUCUGCCCAAGUCAUAGGACCCUUUAGCACCAUGAAUUCACAUCGUUAAGAGAGGACCUACCCUGGGCAGGGUCCCGUCUGCCCUGAGACCUGCCUUCUCAUCUGUGACCUUGUGAGUGUGGUAGUGUCCGCUCAGUACAGCUUGAGGCAAGCCAGAUCACCUCCCGAAAGUGAAGGCGUUUGUUCUGUCUUCCUUCCCAUCCCGGAGAAGUCCGGGGUCCAGGUUUUCGUCAUUCUCCAUGACUCACUGGGCCAAACGGUCAGGGUUGUUUUAAUUAAUUGUCUUUUCACAGUUUCCCCUCUGAGGCUUCCCAGCCCCUGAUCUCUCAACUCCAGUGCCCUCUUGGCCUGCAGGGUCAUUCAUUCUGAUGGGAGUUUGGAACAAAUGGCUCAGGGCGGGCUUAAGGGUGAUUCCCUUUACUUUCUAGUGUUUUCAGAGCUUCAGUUGGCUUUUAAAGGAUGGUUAAUUUCAGGUCAGAUGCUGGCCAAGAUAAAAGCUCGGCCUGGUCAUCUGCUAUUUUGUUCCGUUGUGGGAAGCGUUUUCUCAGCCAGAGCCUGCAUUUCAGGUAAUGGCUUCCUACGCUAGGAACCUCUCUGGCAGGACGGAGAGAGUGGGACCAUUGGGUGGUUAUUUGCCUCCUUGAGAACCUUAGGAUUUGAAGCCUGAAAAUCAGGAAGUGGAGGAGUCAUCUUUUGACCUAGAUUAUUCCCCGCCCCGUCCUCAAAUGGAGAGCAUGUGAUUGUCCCUCACUCCAGAGCUUUGCCGUGGCAACGAGUGACAUCUACUUAGGUCAUUUAACAAGAACGUACGCGCGAUCUGUUUUUGGGAGGGUCUGUAUUUAAAAGAUUCAAGGUAGAAAUGGUUUUGGGAAUUUAGCUGGUCGCACACCGUCAACUCGAGUCAUUUGCAGUAACUUUCUCAGCCAGUGGAUGCUGCCCCACCCUUGCUUCCCUGGGGUGGCACUUGGAAGAGUUUGAGUAAGUUUGCGCCUUGUUCAUCUGUGAGGAGAGUGGAGGGGCGAAGGCCACAGCUCAUGAUUUCUAUGGUGACCAAGAAAGACUUCUUUCAGACAGAAGUUUCUCUCAAGACAAUCACUUCAGCUUGUCUCUUCUAGUUGUCAAAGGAGGACUCUUGAAAUCACCGAUAAUUAGGGGACAGUUUGAAAAGCCUGAAGUAGUUACACAGGCAGACAGUUGUGUUCGAUUGAGGCCACUUCUGUCUUCUAUGUCAUUUCCUGUGCCAGGCCACCACCAGGUGAAGUCCCGAGGCUAGCUGGGAAGCUCUGUGCUUACUAUUCAUUUAAUCUUUGGACUUGCCGGCAGGGCCCAUGAAGAGACACGGUAGUCUUUUUAUGAUAACACUUUGCCUGGCUUUUAUUUUAUUUUAUUUUAUUUUAUUUUCGAGGUGGUAUUUCACUAUGUUGCAGAAGCUGGCCCCAAACUCCUGAGCCUCCAGUGAUCCUCCUGCCUCAGCUUCUUGAAUGCUCGGACUACAUUCCAUUCACAUGUGUAUUAUUAUAAUCUCUGGGCACAUGGUAUGGGGUCCCUGGUCUCAGAUGAUACUUGUUUGUGUAACUAAGUCAGGAUUACCUCAGAGGUAACAUUCGGCAGUGUUCUUCAGACGUGGCUUUGGUUGUCAAGUUCUAGUGAGUAACUCAUUAGUAAGCCGGGCAUCCUGGAAGUUGAUUCAUUAUGUUUGGGAUGAGAGGGUGGAAAAUAGGUGUCUGGUGAUACAAAUACAUCUGAAACAUACAGCCACUGAAUUAAUUCCUUCACAUAUCUAUCGCUAGAGUUCAGGGCCCACACUGCUGCUUACUUACAACUCUUCCCAUGCGACAUAUCAUAAUGCACAUUUGCUAAACAGCCAGUGAAUGCGUGGCCCUUACUCUCCCGCCCCCCUUCUCAACUUCUCCUCUGCUCUCUGCUUUUAGGACUGAAGAGGGAGUGGAGGAGGAAACAUUGUAUCUAGAGGUUUCUUCUUUCUCAAGCUUCUUCCCGCUGCCUCCCCUGACCCAUUGCAAACUUCGCAUACUGUGAAGCCAUUCCACUUGACAACACUUGGACCCACUGUGUCUGCUCUUUUUCCUGGCUUCUGUACUCUAUAGAGAGAUAUUGAAUUUUCAGGAAAAACCUCCUGGGGACUGGGAAAAAAUGGGAAAAAAAAAAGACAAGAUUCCAACUUUUAUCCAAUAUCUUGCUGCCAUUCUCGAGUUCCCGGGAAGGAAGCAGGGAAGAGGUGGCAUCCUAAGUUGUCUGGAUGGUACAAGGCUGCAUUGGGCUCACAGUUAAUUCUCCCUGCCUGCUGUCACUGCGGCCCAUUUAGCUCUGAUCUCUGGGAUGGGCGCUAGAUCAUCUGUGAGUUUCCCAAAUUCUAUGGUGAUUGCCAUAUGCAAACAGUGUCUGAGAACUCAGGUAGGCAGCUUAUUCCCAAAAUUAUGGUUUGUCAAAGAUUCGUUUGUGGUUUAUUUAGCUAAUGGUUAUGAAUUAAAUUCUUGUACGGGCUUAAAUUCGUUUCGUAUGAACUGACCGGCUGUGAACCACGGUUAGGCUCACAUAAUUCUUAUAGUUUAACAAGAAGACAGCCAACUUGGAGAGAACAGUCAGCAUUGUCAUAAGGGUAAGGACUCGGUUGCUAGGCCUUGGGUUUUACAAAUGAUGCCCAUCCAGCUUCAGAAUGAGGGUGCUGGGCCACACCCCACAUUCACUUUCUAAGAGUUUCCUUCAGCUACUGAAUUGCUACACAGGUUCAGGGAUUAUGAGAGGGAGCAGGGAUCUGUGAACAGGUUCCGACUAUUAUGUGGCACUUUUAUGUGGAGUUGGAGUUGGAGUUGGAAUGGUUGGGAAAGGAUCACAGGUUUACCUAAGAAGGGUCCACUCAAUCCCCUGGUCUCACUUGGUUGACGUCAUGAGUAUUUGUGAGUGGCUUCUUACCCUCUUGAGAUGGCUUGUGCCGGAUGAGCUCAUGUUUCCCACAAGCCCUGUCUUUCAGAAUCAGAGCCUUCUGUAUCUUCCUUGAGAUGUAAUCUAUAACUGCCCAGAUUCCAAAUUCAAUUUCCAGUGACUCCCGUCUGGCUUUUACUGGAGUCAUAAUGAUGUUUUGGAAGGAAAGAAGGAGAGAUAUGUGGUCCGAUGUCAUUGAUCAUUUACUGUAAUUCCCAUAAUCCAUUUCCUCAGUUUGAAACAGCCACAGUGGUCUGCUUCCUCUGGGUUUUUAACUGAUAAAAGAAUGCUUCAACUUUUGUGUCGGAUACAAUCAGGGACAGAUUUACUUUAAAUCAACUAAAAGAAAUAUUGGUCACUGUCACUCCGUCCCCCUUCCUCCCAGACCCUUCUUUGCCAGAAGUGCUCACAGUUUGACUUUCUUCUCGCUCUUUCCUUGUCCAGCAUUCCCUCCAAAGAGAGGCUAUCAAAGGAAGAAAGAAUGACAUCCAUUUCCUCUGGUACCACCCUGAACAGUCAGGAGUGUUUGUGUGUCUUGUUGCCUGUCUCGGGGACCCCUUCCACCAAGACGACGAGGGCUUAUAGGUCCCUGGUGACCGAUCUGCCCAUUCAUCCCGUUAGAGUUGCUUCAAGCACUGACGUGGCGUCAACUGCAUUUGACCUGGUGCUGUGAAUUCAAGCCAACAGCUGACUCGCGAUUUCAGAUGCUUGGUUCGUGUUGUAGUUGAAGUGUUCUGUGAGGAAAAUAGAGAAGUCUGUUGUGUAAGUGUAGUCCAUGCCCGGGAGGGAGAAUCCCUGUGUCUUGAGAAGAGGCUGGAUGUCUGCUCGUCAUGGACGUUCCUUUUUUUUUUCCUUUUGCCUCGGAUCCUGGUUGGAAGUGCGUCUGGGAAACGUCCAUCAGUCCAUGUUUAGGUGGUCGCUGAUUACUUACCUGUUUCGAGUGUGAAUUCAAAAGAUGCCUGGUAGAGAGUUUGUUCUCUGGUGUCUGAGACAGAAUGGUUGGUGAAGGGGAGGGAGAGGAGAGGGAAAGAGCACAGAGCCAGACCCCGCUCAGUAGGCUGAGCUCGUCAGCUGCCUUUUCCCUGCCGUUGACAUGUGACAUGCACUUCAUAUUCUUCCUUUGGAGGCUGUCCAUUCCAUAUGUGAUUUAGUAAUUUUGGAAUGUUUGGCUUUCUAGAAUCAAACGGACUCUUGUCAAUGUCAGGGUUUUUGUUUUUUGUUUUUUUUUUUUUUUUGAUUUAUUUAUUUAAUUGUCUUCAACUUUUGCACUGUAUUUUUUUUUUUUUUUUUUUGGUUCUCUUUUUCGGAGCUGGGGACCGAACCCAGGGCCUUGCGCUUCCUAGGCAAGUGCUGUACCGCUGAGCUAAAUCCCCAACCCCUGCACUGUAUUUUUAAGUGAAAUAUUCUACUGACUUGUAAAUAUGUCCCCUCUUGUGUUUUUGGAAUCUCGUGCUUACAUAUCCCGGGAGAACACUUAAACUAUGGAAUCCCUUCCCAAACCGUGAAGAGAAAGACUAUAGGAUUUGCUGGGCCUCUCUGAGCUAACAUUGUGCUUAAACCUAUCACUAUUACUGUGUUAUUGUAGAAGUUAGGCUAAUUUGUUUAGAUGGUGAUUAUGUACUAGAUACCUGGGGGAAUAAUAGCAUCUAUUUAUGUGUGUGUGGCAGGAGGGGUUUUGCGCCCGCACACACACAAUAUGAAAAACUAACACUUCAUCUAGUGGCCUUGUAGUUACUAAGUGGCCAAUGUAGCCUGAGUUAAGACUUGAAGGAUAUCUCUAUAGACUGCCUCUCCUUAGGGGAGCAGGGUUAAACUUCUCUGCACUGCUAAAGGUCUCCAUAGCGCUGUACAUGUCUAGUGAUAUAUAAAUGUGCUUUCUCUCAGAGAUGUGGGGUUGCACAAUUGCUAAGAGCAGGACAAGUGUCUGACCCUUAUGCUGACCAGCUCUGAAAUGCUGGGCAACUAAUUUAAUCCUUUCACAUCUGAUCAUCUCAUCAGUGGGGAAGACGGUGCCCAUAACUGGGUGAGUUCCUAUCUCUGACGUUGUUAUUGGAUGGCUCGUGAGAAACUCUUUGCAAGCGCUUGCCGCUGUUGCACACAUUUUUUGGAAAGCAAUCAGAAUGAGAUCACUCUCUUAUCUUCUUGCUUCCUUGGGCCAGCCAGAUGUACUCAUUCUGCCCGUGAGAGGGAAGGACCAGGGCACAGCUAUGGCCAGUAUGUGAGGGUGAACCCUGGUCCAGUCCUUCUGCUCUGAGCUAUGCAUGGAGUUCCUGAUUUCUACCACACACACACACACACACACACACACACACACACACACACACACGUGUGUGUUCAUCUCUGGUCCUCUCGCUUCUGCAGGUUGCCGUCUCCCCUCAAUGUCUUCUCCUCUACCACACAUGCUAUUAAAGACAACGCUGCUCAUUCAAACAUUAACUUACUAUCCAAGACUGUUUGUUAUUCGAACUGGCGUGGGCACCCUGGCUUAUUAUGAAUUGUAAUAAACCCAGUCUGAGGACCUCAGAGAGUAUUGUUUUAAAAGCACUUUAAACAUUGUGUGCAUUAAAGGGGCCCGAGGAGAGUAGCAGGCGUCUUUCAUGCCUCAGGCUCAGACUGAAAAGUAUGGAUAGAAAAACCAGCCCAGGAAUCUCAAGGGACUUAGCUCUUACCCAUCAUGCUUCCCGUUCUGUAAUCCUGGGGUCCCGGAUGUUUGGCUCCGUGUCAUACUUGAAGAUAGUAGAUUGCUUUGGUGGUGGUGAUGGUGGUUGGGGGUUGGUUGGUUGUUUUGGUUUGGUGGUUUUGCUGUUGUUUGUUUGUUUUUUUUUAAAUUGCCAUGAGGAAGACAAGUGAGUUCAGCCUCUUUGACAAUCACCACACUCCCCUCAGAAGGACUUGCUGUGAGAAACAGCAGACCCCCCCACCCCCUCAGUGCCCACGUGACUGUCAGCCUGUCAGGGGCCCACUAUGGCUGUAGAAUGAUGCUUCUUAACUGGCAACUGUUGUACUUAAAAUUAAUUGGGGGUUUUUACUCCACUUUGGAUCAUUUAGCUCCCAGGUAAAAGACACAAAACCUAUAUAUUUAUACUAAGUCUUAAUAGCAUUUGAGCUGGACAGAUAUCAACUCUAUGCUGUCUACUUCCCUGUCAGUGACCCUGAGAUGUAACUUGCCUUGUUUCCACCUGGAUUGCUUUUACUCCAGCAGGCGGGCCCUCAUGGCCAUGUGAUCACCAUUCACCUACUCCAUGGCAUCGUCUCUCCUCUCUUCCUCUCUGUCCUCCUCACGGUCGAUGUCUCAGACUCCAAGCCCAGCCGAUCUCUUUUCUGCCCAGCUAUAGGCAUCUUUAGGCAACCUAUAAUUUUAAAUUAAGGAGCAAGGUUACGUAGCAUCAUUUGGUGUACAGGAGGAUCUCCUGGUCCCUGAGGCAACCAGACCUUUAGCAUUACAAUGCACAGCAGUGGACCAAACCUCUACAGGCCACCUGCAGCAGCUGAGAUUAUCUGUAGAUUACCAAAACCAGGUGUGGAAAGAGCCUGUUGUCUGUUCUUCCUCCCCCCCUCCCCCUCUCCUCCCCCCUCCCCUUCCUCCCUUCCUCCCUUCCUUCCUUCCUUCCUUCCUUCCUUCCUUCCUCCUUCCUUCCUUCCUUCCUUCCCCCUCUUUCUCUCCCCGUCUCAUUAUAUAGCCCAGUCUUGAACUCCAGAUUCUCCCGGCUUAGCCACCCAAGUACUGGGGCCAUUUUCCCUCUUCAGUAGUGAUAAAUGACACGUAGCGCUCAGUGCAGCAUUUGACGUGUGAGACACGGAGCUUAUUGUAAAUUAAAGUAAGAGUGAAGAAAGCAGACAGUGCUUAAAAAGAGCUUCUGGAGUACGCCAUCAGGGAAUCUUCCACAGAGAGGGAAGGUUGAAGAGUUCUGCUUCCCCCCAUGAGGUGGAGACUUUAAGCAGUUUGUUCUAAGCUGUAGACAUCACAGAAGAGGCCAGCCUGGGUUGGCACUGACUUUUUGCACACCCAUCAUGUCUUCAUGAGGGAGAAAUUCUCAGCAGCUCUUGUGCGUGGCUCUGCAGAGCUUCCUCCUCCUGUGCCUCUGAGGGAGGUCCUGUCUGCUGUACUUGAGCUGUAGCGACAGAGUCCCUUGUUAUCUCUCCACUCUCCCAGAACCCCACCGCGGGGAUCCUCCUACCACACCUUCCCUUGGCCUCUAGCUGCAGGUUACUGUUGCUUGUUGAGAAGAACACUGUUUUGCUGGCUAAUAAUAAGCCCGCUUGACCACGGGGAAGAGAUCACCAGAUGGCAGUGGUCUGAAGCGAAGCAUGUCUUCUCAGUUACUUCCCAGAUGCUGUGUGGGUGCACCCUUCACAGCUGUCUUGUUCAGGCUCUUUGUCUUGGGUUCACUUAGGAGUCAGCUCUUGGCCCACCCGCCAUAGUUCAUUCCAGUUGUGUGUGCCCAACAGAACUGUCGGAAGAUGCACUAGGGGGUGCGCGCUGCCGUUGUUCUAACUGUUCUGCCUGUGCUGCUCAACGAACCAGUUUGCUUUUCACUCCACAUCCCUGAAGGCAAGGCUUCCAUUGGCUUCUUAUCUUGCACAAUACUUGGUUUUAACAAGCCUAAUUAUUUCAAGGCACAUCUUGUUUAAUAAACACCAGAAAACCAGGAAGGCAGCAGUGGCGAUGUUAAGGACUGUGGUGCAGACAGGAUGGCGAACACUUGCUUCGCCUGGCCAUUGGAUUCAUUACGUGGUUGAAUUUUCCUUCACCAUCCUAUUUCUACCCCGGCCACACCGCCUUGCAGUAUGAUUUUAUUGAAAGGUAAUGGCAAAUUGUGACUGUGUUCUCCACUAGGGCUUUAAUAGUUUAUUCCCAAAUGUAAACGUCUUAGUAAGCCUUCAGUGUGGUGACUCAUUAGUUUGAUGAGGAAAAUGUCCUAAUAAAGAAACUGUAAGUGGUUUCAAAAGCUGCAGAGGGAAAAAUGUUGGGGCACUUGAGGUCAACUGCUCCCCCCUGUUCUUUGGAUCUCAUUUGGUGUUUGCUCAUGGGAACAGACAGAUUGGUCUCAGGGGUGAUCUGUGUCUUUCUCUUCCAUGGACGCUUCAAUUCCUGAGUUUCCUUCUGUAUAGGCAGAGACCGAGGAUGAGAUUUCUGUCAGUUUUUCCUCUACAAGUGUCCCAGGGUUGGCAGUGGGUACAGCUUGGUUGUAUUGGAGGUAAAGGGUCGAUGAUGGCUAAAUAGACCAUCUAUUGCUCGUCUGAGCUGUCUAGCCCGAGGUUACAUAGGCAGAACCUGUAUCAUCCACUUGCACAAAGUCUCUUGGCGCUAAUAGGAUUUUACGUUGCUCUACGUAAGUUUGCUAAGGCUAAAUGUGCCGGUGCAUUUGAUGCCAUUGCUUCCAGACCUCGUUAUAGUGCUUGUCAAUCAGGAAACACAGGGAUCCAAAUGUCACUUUCAUUGCAACCUAUCUUUAAAGUAUUGCCCUUUUCUUGUUCUGGUUACUGGCCGGGUUUUCCUGGACCAGGGGAAGAUAAAGAAGGUGCAGAGUCAUAAAGAUACAGUAGCUGUGGUGAAGCCAUGUGUGUGAAAGUGUGGGUGUUUGCACAGUGACUCAAGAGCAUGGCGUAGCAGACACACACGACAAGUUGUUUCACAGUGACGCCAGUAUAUUUCAGUUAAAUAGCUUUCUAAUGACACUCACUAACGAGACACUUUUUCUAAGCUGCGGUCUUGCCUAUACUACAGAUGAUAUUCUGAGGUAACACUCUUCGAUAUCCUGAUGGAAUUCUGAGCCCCUUUAAUUUGUAGUAAUAGGCAGAUGAGCCUGACCUAGGGGAAACAGGAAGGGUCUACCAGCAAGAUAUCUUGAGGCAAUUGUGCUAACAGUUUUGUGUGCCUUGUGGGGGGCGGGGAUGGCGCACGGUGUGUGUGUGUGUGUGUGUGUGUGUGUGUGUGUGUGUGUGUGUGUGUGUUGGUGGAAAGAGGCCAGAGCUGCUCAGAAACUGCAGGGUUGGGGAUGGAGAGGAGCCUGCCCAUCUGUUCACACCAGGUUGGGAAGGGGCAGGGCAAAGAGGUCAAGAGUAGGGUACCAUCUGAGCUGAGCUGUGAAUGAUUCAGUCCAUGUCUGUUUUGGAUCCAUAUUUCUAUAUGUUAGUUGGCUUUCUAACUUUGUAAUGAAGCUUUAACUUCCUAACUGGGAGCUGGAUAUGGUGGAAAGCCACAUCUGAGUCACUCAGACUGACUUUGAGUUCUGGUGGCCGCCUAACAACCCCUUGACCUUCCUGAACAAUUACGUAAAAAAGAUAACAAGAUCUUCCACGGGUGGCUGAUGGGAAUAAGUGAGAUGUGCACCCACGUUUACCCACCUCACGCACACCCCAAGGCGAAUGGCUUGAAAGCCAAGGAAGCACAUUUUGAAAAAAAAAUGCUUGAUAAAACAGGAAGUCGGGGUUAGUCGUGGAUGACGGGAAGGCACCAUUUGUUUGUUAAUAGUGCCGGCGUUGUUUUAAGUGCGUUCUUGCCGUUUGAUCGCUCACACAAACUGGGUUAGUAUUUCAUCCUCACCUGGCAGUCAAGAGUUCUGAGGCUACAGCAGCUACAGAGUUUUUAUUAGUCCCGUCUGCCUGGCUCCACAGUUCUUGACCCUACUAGUGGACAUCACCAAUGGUACCUCAGACCUCUACAGGCCUUCGUCUCGAAGGAACCCCCUUCUCUUUGCUCCUCAGGUGAGCAAGUGGAAUGGCUGGAGACUGGAGAAGAAAGCUCAGAUAGCCACAGGACAGCAGUAACUGCCCAGGGUUACCAACUCAUGUGUGGACAGACUGGUACUCACACUUCCUUCCCUUUGACUUUUUGUGUUUACACUGAUCAGGAAUCCUUUGAAAACUUGUUCCUGCUAAACCUUGUCAGUGUAGGACAGACACAAGGAUAUGUUAGUUGCCUUGCUAGAGGAACUCAGGUCAGAAGGGCAGAUCUAGCCCAGAGCCACAGAACUCACUUCUGAGGGCUUCACGUGAGCUGCAAAGGUAUUGAGGUAUGUGUUUUCUGGGAGCCUUGGAGCUGGGGUCCAUCUUCCCAGUUCUUCCUGAGAUUCUAGAAGUAGCAGAGGAAAGGCGAGGUGGCCAAGGCCUCCUCACUCGCCCAUGAUGCGCCUUCAAAGGAGGGCCAUGGAGGCCACACCUGGGAGGAAGUUAACAGUUCUGUCCCGGCCCCUGGGAUGAAUGACACAGACUGUCUUCCAGCACUAGCAGCUGGCUCCUUGGACAUUGGAAACAGCACAGUUUUAGAGUGUGAGCAAGAUGAGAGGCCAAGUAUCGCCCAGCCACCUCCUGGGAUACCAUGGUUCCUUAACUUCGGAUACCUGUGAUUAGGCCCAUGGCAAACAGCUGUCAAAGGCCUUAAUAAAGUCCCCCAAAGGCUCCAAAAGAGCAGCUGUGGAGUUAAAGACCUACAGUUGUCACCUGCAGUGACUUACCUGUGGGCAAGAGACAUUUGGAUUCAUGAGGGUCAAUCUCAUUUCGUAGCGGAGAUAAGGAACACAAGGGAGUAAAGAUUUAGAGGCAUUGGUCUUUUCUGUGGCUGCGUUACUAUUGUUUCCGUUUAUUCUUGGCCUACAGGCCCUUUAAAAUGAUGGAAUUCUUUCCUAAUGGCUUGGUGGCAUCGUUUGACCUAUUUACUAGGAUGGAUUUGAUUGGCUUUCUCGGCAAUAAGGAUCGCCAUGCCAGCAGAGGAAAGAAAGCAAGUCUUUGUGAACGACUUCAGCUGACCGAGGAGAAGACCGUUGAUUUUAAUUUGGUGUAUUGCUCACAAAGUUUGAGGUUUUCAGGCUGGUCCUGUUUGCUAUGUGCUCCUUAAAAUUCCGAUGUCAAGAGCUUUAGAUGACUAUUAGAAAGAAAUACUUUGAUUGUUGAUAAGGAAGGUCAAGGUUGAACAGAGUGGUCGGGGAUCAUCCAGAGUUGAUGGUUUCUGAUAGGACAGCUGGUAGGUGUCUUCCCAUCACAUAGAAACGAGCUUAUCGAGUGUAAAAGCCACUCAGUCCCCACUAGGCAGCAAAAAAAAAUAUUAAUAAUAAUAAUAUUUAAAAGAAUAUUCUAAGUGUUAGUAUGUAGAAAAAGAACAUCCUAGUUCUUGUGUGGAGAUGUCCUUUUCCAGAGCUUUCUUUAGGAAGUACGGUGUCUGCCAGGUGGAUAUAGAGAAAACCCUGAGGUAAAUAGUGGGGUAGAUCACCCCAUAAAACAUGAAAGUUUCUGGUGCUCAUGCUAUGUGGCCAAAUGUAACAGGACUUUGUUCCUUCCGGCUUUCCUCGGAGACCCUGUUAGGACACUCGCGCCAUGUUUGUGAGACUUAAUGGCAACUGCAACGAAGGGCAGGGGAAGGGACAGAGGGGAGAAGUCUGUGAGGUGUGAGCUGUGUGUGACUGCGUCCUCCUCGGCCUGGGCCUGGGCAUUCCUUACUGUGUCUGUGUGCUUCUGGAAGUCCUGUCCAGAUAACAGGAGAGCGUUUGGAAGUCUAGUGGGAUAGCAUCAAGUAGCCGUCGUCAGUGUGUAUAGACUGCUGUGCUGCUGUGAAAUCACACAUCAGAGCUGCCUGGCAAGGUGGCCCAGUGACCAGCCCCAUGUCAGACAAGAUAAAAAUAGCCUGCCCAAGAGAAGAGAGUGUGAAAAGGGGAGUUGUUGACCCACUGUGGGACCAGGGUUGUUGACCCACUGUGGGACCUGGGUUCUGAGCUGGGGAGAGUCAUGUGAUUAUAUCUAUACAUCGAAGUGGAAAAUUUGAUGCUUAAACCCAAAAAUCUGAACUACAGGACUGAUGCUGUUCCUCUUUCCCAAAUCUUUUUAAGAGGUAAAACAUGGCUUUGUUUCUCUUUCCUCGGUAAGCCCUGGGGUUCCACGGCCUCAGACCCCCGGGUCUAAGCAUGAGAGAGCUUUACUGCUUCUUGUCUGUAUGACUUCAGCCAAGCUAGCCCACAGUGCCUCCACCUAUGAAACACCCCUUCUCCUAAUACUGUUGUGCAUGGUCCACAGAAAACGCUGUGGGUGCUUAGUGCAGUGCCUGGUACCUAGUAAGGGUUCUCGUCAGUGCUCAGUGAUGGUGAGGAGGAGGGCAGGGAAGGGCUUGGUAUGGUGAUUAAUGCUAUGAUGGUUUUCAGUGGCCUUGAAGUUUUACAACAUGGAAGGCUCUGUCCCCCUGAACUCUUGGUGACUUCCCAGAUGAACACACUCUCAAGGGCCUCUCCUGCUGCACACACACACACACACACACACACACACACACAGACACAACACACACACACAGACACACACACAGACACAACACACACACAGACACACACACACAGACACAACACACACACACAUACACAGACACACAGACACACACACACACACACAGACACAACACACACACACAGACACACACACACACACAGACACACACACAGACACAACACACACACACAGACACACACACAGACACAACACACACACAGACACACACACAGACACAACACACACACAGACACACACACACAGACACAACACACACACACAUACACAGACACACAGACACACACACACAGACACAGACACACACAGACACAUACACACACACACAGACACACAGACACACACACAGGCACAACACAUACAUACAGACACACACACAGACACAACACACACACACACACAGACACAGACACACACAGACACAACACACACACACAGACACACACACACACACAGACACACACACAGACACAACACACACACAGACAGACACACACACACAGACACAACACACACACAGACACACACACACAGACACAACACACACACACAUACACAGACACACAGACACACACACACAGACACAGACACACACAGACACAUACACACACACACAGACACACAGACACACACACAGGCACAACACAUACAUACAGACACACACACACACAGACACAACACACACACACAGACACAGACACACACAGACACAACACACACACACAGACACAACACACACACACAGACACACACACAGACACACAUAGACACAACACACACACACACACACACACACACACACACACACACACACACACACACUAUAGCUUCCUGAGCUGUAGUUUCCAGGAAGAGCAGCAGCUUUUGGGCCUCUCACAUCAUCUGUUUCCUAUUUACUCCACAUACUCCAGAUUAAACUUUCAAGGUCAUUCCACCCCCACGGAGAAUGGAAGCAACUGGACCUAUGGCUCAUGCUGACUCGGGGUCUUCCGAAGGUCGGUGGCAUCCUACAGUCUCUCCAGAGUAAACCCCUUGAGUCAUCUGAAAACAAGUAAAUGUGCAUAUCCCCAGCAGAGUCAAGCACUUUAAAACUGUGUGUGUAUCUGUGUGUGUAUGCGUGGAUGCAUGUAUCGUGCCAAGCAUGUGGAGAUCAGAGGACAGCUUGUGGGAGUUCUCUCUUUGCACCGCAUGAGUCCUGGAAACCCAACUCAAGUAGUUAGGUUAGGUGGCCAGUGCCUUUACCAGUCCGCCUUGCUGACCGUGAUGAUGAUGAUGAUGAUGAUGAUUCUUCCUCCUUCUCCUCCUUCUCCUCCUCCUUCUCCUCCUCUUCCUCCUCCUCUUCCUCCUUCUCCUCCUUCUCCUCCUCCUUCUCCUCCUCCUUCUCCUCCUCCUCCUCCUCCUCUUCCUCCUCCUCCUUCUUUCUUCUUCUUUUGAGAGGGGGAAUCACAUACAUCCCUGGAUCACUUUAAACUUGCUACAUAGCCGGAGUGACUGAGCUUCUGAUCAUCCUGCCUCUGCCUCCCAAAUGCUGGGACUGUAAGUAUUUGCCAUGGCUGUUUAUUUGAUAUUAGGAAUUGAAGCCCAGACUUCAUCCAUGCUAAGCAAAUGCUCUACCAACUGAACUGUAGUAGAACCACGUACCUUAUGUCCUCCAUGUCACGUGACCAGAUGCAUCUGUCUGCAUUUCCUUGUAACAGGGAGAGAGGAAGGCCCGUGGGGUACCCAGUGCCGAGGGCGCAUCCUUCGCCUGAUCCUGGGUAGGAGAUAUUUCCCAGCAAAGCUGUUGCUCCGUUCCCCUCGGUCUCCCUUGAGAAGUUACUCGUUCUAGCUGGCUUUCUUCCUCGGGGACCUUCUAUGGGGAACAGGGAAAAAGUCACAGAAGGCCUAUGUUCUUUUUCAUUUUAAUAGAAAAUGUGUAAGGACCACAAACCCUUCUUCCCAACUGAUAUUUGGAGUUCGGCGUUUGGAAGUGUCAUUUAGAAACGUGUUUACAAAUACCAUCGACAUUAGAUGAUUUCAGCCUACACUAAGAUUAAAGACUUAUUUAUGAUCUAGAAGCAAAACCCUUUUUUACAGAUCGUUGCCUCUCCCCAGCAAAUGGCCUUGCUGUGUGACCUGACAACCCGAGUUCAGUCUUUAGAACCCACAUAAAGACGGAAGGAGUCAACCCCAUGGUGUCGGGCUCUGAGCUCUCGUUGGGCACUGCGGCAAGUGGCCUUUUCCUCAUAUGGGCGUGAACACACAACAGAAACAACGCUUUAAAAGUCACUACUUUUUUGAACUGGAUGUUUGUUUGUGGUUUUUUUUUUUUUUGUUUUUGUUUUUUUUAUUGAAUAGGGUUUCUCUGUGUAGCCUUGCCUGUCCUGGAGCUCGGUCUGUAGACCAGGCUGGCCUUGAACUCAAGAGAUCCACCUGCCUCUGACUCCCAGUGCUGGGAUUACAGACUUGUACCAGCACUGCCCGUAAAAGUCAUUACUUCAUAGCCAGUGAGACUUGGAAUGGGAACAAAAUAGUUCCCUUACUUUAAUCCUAGACUCUGCUAUAAAAGUAGCUCGGGGCUAAGAAGACUCUAGUCUGAAUUGAGCUAGUGGCUCAUUUAUUGACGUACGUAUACUUAUUACUGCUAAGCCGUGACUUCCCCCUCCGUAGCUGUCUCCCAACCUUUAGCUUCCGCUUCAUGAGGAUGAGGAAGCUCCAGUAACGCAUUUGUUUUUCCUUUUAAAGAUCCCCUCAUCGUCUCUGAUUUGAUAUACUGAGCGGGAACACAACCGAAUGGUUUUCUUAGUAAGUGGAAUUUCAAGGCACAGCUCUCCUUAGUUCUGAUCAGGCAGUCAGGCCCUUUGUGAACACAUAGUUAAGGAUUUGGCAGUGGACACUACAGUGGGUGUAUCUCUCUGAUUGUUCUUGACCAGGACCUGAGGCUGUACCACAGGAAAAGAACAAAGCUAUGAUAAACAGCGAAACUACCAAACUUGCCUCACUGGGAGGAAGGACAUCUUGCUUUGGUCUGAGAUAGUUUUCAUCUUUCUCUUUUGCAGAAUCAGAUUCCGAAAGGUGGAGGAAGUUGUGUGAGAUUUGAAUAUUAAGCUUCCUAGUACAUUGAAUCUGCUUUCUCAGAAGUAUCUUCUCAGUGAACAUGUGUCUCCUGCCCCUUGUGGCUUCUAGGAGCAGGAGAUGGGGUUGUGAGCCCCUGACAUGCUCACACGUGUUGGUAGGUCACGUGUGACAGGACAGGUAGUUGGCAGCAAGCCCACUGCUGGGCACCCAGGUUUCAGAUACAGAGGAAUGGAAUUGAAGACACUUUCAGAUUCCAGGCAAACACUUCCAGGAGAAGUACACAAACAUCUUUCUCUCCUUGAUCUUUUGCCAGAGGAAAGUGCAUGUCCCCAGUCAGAAGCCCUUGUGAGAUAAGACCAGAGUGUUUGUCUCUCUGACUGUCUCUCUUUCUUUCCCUCCCUCCCUCCCCCAGUUCUCCCCUUCAUACCUUGUCUGGAGCAAGAAGAUAGAUAUAGCUAGUACAGGAAAGGUUCUCUUUUAUUAUGCUGAGGGCCAUCACACAAGGCUCACGCUCUAAACUCCUAACUACAGUCCUCAGCCUGUGUCCCCAGAGCUGCUCACCUGUGUGACAUAGCUUAGCUGAAGAUCAGAUCCAGUCUGGACCAGAACCCUCGGAUUCGAGGAUCCUGGGGGAGACUGUCCAGCUGCAGGGUGUGGUGUCUCUCCAGAUGUGCAGAGCAGAGAGCAUUGCUCCUGGUCUCAGCUUAUGCACUGUCCAGUGGGGUUCUGUAUGUACUGUCACAGGUUCUAGGACUGGGUCUGGUUCUCCUGGUGUAUGGUGUCACUUGUUUCUUGUUAUCAGGUGCAGCCUUGGGUGCAGUGGGAUCCUGACUGAACUAUUUUUUUUUUGUUCUUUUUUUUCCGGAGCUGGGGACCGAACCCAGGGCCAAGCGCUCCACCACCGAGCUAAAUCCCCAACCCUGACUGAACUAUUUUUACAAGCCUUUUACAUGCCUAGAAGGCAUGUUGCUACUCUGCUCAUUGCACAGCUCCUACCUCUCAGACCUUCCUAAACAUGGUUAAAUUCAACCAUGUUUUUAAUGAAAUUGGAAAACAAAACAAAACUCCCCAUAACAGGAUAUUCUCUCUGGCAAGGAAAGGAAAUUAACAACUAAACUUCCUCAAAGGGUCUCAGGCAGUGACAGCCUAAACCAGCCUUACUCAGCUCUCGUUGGCAGAAACCCAUCCUCACUUCUCCUCGCUUCUUAAAACAUACCCCCAGCCCCUAGUCUGUUUGGGUCUCUGUGUGUGAGAAAGCCCCAUCCAGCUUAUGCAUGUGCAGGGGAUCUGAACUCUUGUCUCUCAUGCUUACAGGCUGAGUACCUCUCUAGCGAGCUCUCUCUCCAGCCUAAGGUUAUGGCUCCUUCUGCUCUGUCUUAAGAAAAAAAAAAUCAGAAGAGUCAUUUAUUCUUGCUGUGAUUGACAUCUUGGUUUUGUCAGAGAGACAGGUAAGAUCAAUGCGCUGGCAUGUCCUGUCUUUAAUUGAUUCUUUCUGCAGGUGAAACGCAGCAGCCAUGCCAGAGAAGGCAGAGCGUGAUUAAUACCUCUGUGACUCUGUCCAAGUUCUGAGAAGCUGUGCAAACUCUGUUAGGCUGGUGUUUGCCAGCUGAGGUCCAGCCAACCCCCCCCCCCCCCCCCCCCCGCACUUGUCCUUCCUUCCCAGAGGGCAUGACAGGGAAAGAGGAGGAGAAGAGCUCAAAGAACUGAAAACAGAGAUUUCAUUAGGGCAGCAUUUGGGGGUCAGGUAAACAUCACUUUUGAGCUUCAUUGAAAAAUUCCAGAAAGCUGAGCAAGGGCAUAGUCUCUGGAUUGCAACAGGGCGGGAAGUUCUUCUUCAAAAGAAUGUCGGAAAAUGAAAUAUAAUACUUCUUAGGGAGCAGGAACUGUUAAACAAAGCAGAAAGGCAUAUAACCUCCCCGGAUUUCUUUUCUUUGAGGAAUUCGGAAGACCCAGAGAAGAGGUCUCUAGGGACCAGAACACACUUCUUAAUUGCACUUUCGCUCACCACUUUCCCACCAGGAGCUGUGGUGGUCAUUGAGUUUGUGAACUUGGAUUUUAAACGCAGACCUGCCUGGGAGACAGCAGCAUGUGUGUUCUUGGGAGCCAGACGUCUUCUGUAGACCUGGCAUUGAGGGCGUAAGCUCCAUGCUGACUGCUCUUUUUGAGGUGUCCCUUCCCCAGCAUCAUUUCUAUAAGAGAGCCAGGGUUAAGACGACACCCAGUUUCCCUGGAAAUCACCUUCCAGGUUUUUUUUUUUUUUUUUUUUUUUUUUUUUUUUUUUUUUUUAGGUGCAUGGCUUCUGACACCGUUCCACCCAACCCUAUCUCUUUCUCAUUUCACUUUAAAAGAAGUCGAAACGGUCCCCAUCGAUGCAAAAAGAAGCGAAACCACGAGUUAAGCAACUUGUGGAAAUUGCGGAGUUUCUGCCCAGGAGAUCUUCAAAGUGGAACAUAAAAAUUAGGUCACUUAAGUAAGUCUGCUUGGAGGGUGGCCAAAAUGGUCUUUUGCAGUGUUCCAAAUGUAUUAACCACUCAGGUUAGUAUUCAUAUAUCGCCAGACCAGGAGAAUAGUCAGUCCUUUGUUUGCAGCUGGUGACUUUAAAUGAUCUCUGUGGGGGCUCCUGCCUCGCCCCGCCUCAUGUGGUAUACUGCUUUUUCUGAUUGACAGGGAAGUAGGAGGGGGGAAAUAAAGAAAACAGCAUGUGCUCUCUCCAGAGGAUGGUAUAACGAAGGCAGUUGGCUGGCUAAAGCCCGGAGAAGCCACCAAACGGCUACGGUUAAGUGUAGAGACAUGAUCCACGCAGAACUCUUACACCGCAAGGAUAUUUAGGUCUACACUACUGGACACUCUUGACUCUAAAGGGUUAAGCAGAUGAUCUGGAACAAGACUUUAAAAUCAUCUGGCUCCGGUAUGAGCCUAGAAUGAUAAAAAUUGAAAAGUCCAAGAAAAGGUUCUUUGUGGAAUGCCAGACCACAAAGUUCUUGGUGACUUGCAGAAUUCCCCCUGUCCCCAGGGCCAUUUGCUUCUCCUUCUGCAAAUCGCAUCCAGACCUUCCUCCUACCACACAGAGACAGCCCCUCUGCUCCCUCCCAUUGACCUUAAAGAGACAGACUUCCAGGGCUCCGAGCAGAGCACUCUCACCAAAGAACACAGAGGUUUUCUUAGCUGUGCAAACAGAAAGCCGUGGAAGGGGGCUUAACAGAGAGGAAUUCAAGUGCUAAAAGGCUCAGCUUUUAUUUUUAUGUGUGUUGGUAAUUUUGAGAACUUCAUGUAAGUUUUCCCACAUUCCAUUUCUAGGUUGAAGGUUUUGGAAUUUUAUUUUUAAUUCUUUCAAAAAUUAUUUUAUGUGCACAAGUGCUUUGCCUGAAGAUAUAUAUGUUACCGUACUAUGCCUGAUGCCCACAAACAUCAAAAGAGAAUGUUGGGUCCCCUGGGAUUGGAGCUACAGUAUGGAUGGCUGUGAGCUGCCACGUGGGUGCUGGGAAUGGUAUCCUGGUCCUCUGCAGGAGCAGCCAGUGCCUUUAACCACGGAGCCACCUUUCCGGCAUGCUGCUUGUUUAUUAUUUUUGAGACUAGCUCUCUAUGUACUUGAAGCUGGCCUGGGGCUUUCCAUCCUCCUGCCUCAGGUGAGCUCGUAGGUGUGUACCAGUCAGUCCACCCAGAAGGAUUUAGGAACUUCAAUUAGGAAGUUAAAUGUCUACCACCUUUCUCUCUCUGGAAUUGGCUCAGUUGAGAAAGGGCGUGUGGCGAACUUUCUCAGGGAUCUGAAAACCCCUUUUUCUUUGUGUUUAUUUUCUCUCUGUAUGUUGCCAAGGCUGGUCUUGAACUCUUGGCCUAAGCAUUUCUGUUCAGCCUGUGAGUCUCUGGGGCUAUGGGCCCCCGUGUCUCUGAACUCCAUGUUUCUUUGCCUUUUUCUGUAUUCUUGGGCAGGCAGAAAUAAACGCGAGAACUCGUGCGCUCCAGUAUUUGGUUUAGUGCUGGUUUCUUUCUUUCAGCUUUCUAAGGAGGGCGCUCAUUAAAAUGAAGCCGACUUUCCUUUCUUCCUUGAAACUUUACUUGGACUGGAGUUAGUUCUGCCCUAAGUAGGGCUUCUCAGGAUGUUUGUACUUGUGGCAGGCCCUUAAUCUCAUGCGUAACCCUGAUAUUUGACACAGACGGGCUGGAGAGAUGGCUCAGUGGUUAAGAGCACUGACUGCUCUUCCAGAGGUCUUGAGUUCAAUUCCCAGCAA